GAGACGCCGGAGCUCGGGGAGGGGAGUUUGGGCGCGCUCUCGUCCGCCUCGAGGACGGUGGGAGGAGCCGAGCGACCGGGGAGGCCGCCGGCGGGUCCCACCUGCAGUUGAUGUGCGAGGAGGAGCGGCCAGGGCGAGGCGAGGCGACGGCCACUUUCGCUCGCUGCAUGCCUGGCUCGUGAGAAGGAAGCCUCGGCGUCUCUUUCCCCGCGCGAGCGCGCCUUUUCCCCGGCUUGGCGUCCCCUGCCGCCUCGCCCUCUUCUUCCUUUGCUCUGCUUUCUCCGCCGCCUUGCCCAACUAUGGAGACGUCCGGAGACGAACUGGGCGGCGGCAGCAACAGCUUCCCCGAGCCCACCAUCGUGCAGCCCCCCGGGACCACUCCCCCGCCAGCCUACCCGGCCCGGGACCCGCAGCCAGCGGAGACGCUGCGCGUCGGGGAGGACGUGCAGUUCAGUGAAGAGCUGGAGGAUAGAGGUGAGUCUUUGGGGCCAGUGACGUCUCCCCACAACAUGCUUCUCCUCUCCCCCCCCCCGCAGAAACCAGGCUCCUGUCACGCGCCCAUUUCUCUUCCUUUCCCGCGCGCGCCCUGCACCUGGCCGGCUCCCGAAAGAUUCCUUAAGUUGGCGUCGAACAGGACCGACCCACCGCGAAGCCACGGCUCCCAGGCGACUCUCUAGGAAAGCCUUCUUUCAAUCACCUCACCCCUAUGGCCGGCUCCUUUCUACGCGCCUAGCACUUCUCUCUCUUUCUCUCUCGCCAUCCCGGGUCCGGCCAGGUCUCUGCAGCCCACCCGCUCGCCUCUAGAUCUCCCUCACGGACGUCCUAGCACUUUCUAAUUUACCUCGCUGACCAAUAAAUCGCUACUCUUAACCCCACUAAAUUCUGCCACGUCGCUCUUGUAACCAGCUAUAUCAUGCCAAGACCCCACACUUCAUCCCUUCUUAUGCCUUUACCGCCCUUUCCUUCCUAUAGACCCAUUUUUGCCGUGCAUCCUCCAUUGCUGAAUCCUGCCUCCUGUAUUUCACCUUCCUCAGCCACCCCUGCUUCUCAUACAUCAUCUAUGGACCUCCCGUGGUCUGUCUCCUCCACCGCUAGCUGUUCUUUCCUCACAACUCGUCUGCUUGUCGUCCAUUGUCUUAUCACCUGCAGCAGCCAUCUGAAUGACCAUUCUCAGUCCUCCUUGACCCUUCUUAAUAGUUGGACUGUAAUCUUAACUCUGCUUGCCUGGGAGUAAGUCCCAUUGAAUUCAUUGGGACUUACUUCAGAGUAGACAAGGUUAAGCUUGUGCUGUUGGUUUGUCUUUCAUAUUUAAUUCUUUCUCUCUCUACACAAACACACACACACCACACACACUUAACACAAUCUAUUUUGCCAACCUUGCAGUUAAAUUCUUUGCUCACUCAUUCUUUUUUAUUUUAGAAAAGAAAUGGAGCACUGACAGCCUUAAACAAAGAAACACCAGCCUUUUCUUUAGUGUUGAACCACCCAGUCUUCAAAAUGCAAUUUAAAAUGCAUUCACUACAAUGCAGACAGGCGUCCCCAUUGACUGCAAAGAAAGCAUGUUAUUUUACCCAUUCCACACCCCUUCUUAGAAAGAAGGGGCAUUCAGUCUAUUGUCUCCCUAACAGGCACCUGCCAAGCACGUGCCUGUUCCAUAGAUUUGUGUGUUUUUCUUUCUCUGCAUUCUUCCCAUGGCAUUCUGUUUCAUCUGAAGCCAAGCAGCUCCCUGCCUGACUUGGAGCCUGCUCUUUGCUCUUCGUUCUCUGCAACUGUCCACAGUCCUUUUUCAGUUUCCGAGUUAUAAAAAGGGAUGAUCCUAUUCCCAUGCAGCAUUCUGGCUACAAUCUUGUUGGAUAUGAUGGGUCGCUGUGCUUCCAUUUUUAUUUUUAUUUAAUUAGGAGCCGCUCUUCUAAACGAAAUAGUGAUAUUUGAAGGCCUUUUGCAGUGGCUUAGUCACUUUAUAAGGAUUGGGCAGUAUAUGCCAAGUUGGUCUAUAUUCAAGAGUUUGGGCUCAGGAAUAGAGGGAUCUUGAUUCACCUGGGAAUCAUCUUCCCACUAAACAUCUUCUAUAGAUGUAAGACGAUGAUGGUGAGAAGGAACAAAGGACCUAGUAAAAGAUAAUGGAUGUAUGGGGGAAAUAAGACAAAGAACUCAUAAGCUCAUUCCUUGUCCCUCCCUUUCCAUUGAUAACAAACUCACAGGUCUGAGCUAUUAUUCUUUCCAAGGAAAUGUUAGGAAUAGUUUUUAUUUUUUGCUUUAAUCAAUCAAAAUGUCAAUGAAUUUAUUCUUUUCUUUUUGAAAUGCUAGGUCUGUAGGGUGUUUAGGUGCAUUUUGAUGGAUCAUGGACAAAGUAUGAAGGUUUUGGCUUCAGCCUUUAGGGAAGCUUAGUCUUUUUCAGUGUCUAGUAUAAAACAAAGUUGUGAGAGUCCCCUCUCUACUUUAGUUAGGAUUCAGAGAAUCUUUGUGUGUGACUACUGUAUUUGGAAUAAGAAAAUGCAUUAAAAUUAUUUUAGUUAAUCUGAAAUUUAAAAAGUCUGUGUAAUACCAAUUAAAGGAGCAUAUGCAAAAAACCAACUUCAUAAAUAUAUUGUCAGCAGGAGAGUUUCUUUGUAUCAAUUACAAAUUAUUUUUUACAGACAAAUGGGAAAAAAUAUCAAUUUAAUAAAACACAUCACAUCUUUCAUUACAUGUACUAAAAUAUCAAAUGCAGUAAUCUUCAAAUGUGAACAUGACUUUAUAAUUAUAAUAUAGGCUUUCUAGCCUUGUCUGUGUAUAAAUUAACCCAGGUAUGUGCCACAGGAAGAUUUGAAGUCACAUUCUGGAUGGGAUUUGCACUCAUGAUAUAAGUUGCAAAGGUCUAGCGUUACCUGUGAAACUAUUUUCAUUUUAUGUGUUUGGCUGAUAGAUGCUUGUGUGCAAUCCCCAAAGAUUUUUCACACAUACAAGCACAAUAUGUUUUAAGGGGAACAGUUUACCUGGUGACACAUUCCUUUUUCCCCUGGAGGUAGUAAAUUGUAAAACAUUUGUCCAAUUCUAAUAGUAUGUAAGAUUCAAAUAUUUUAAUGUAAAAUGCAUAAAUUUUAAUUCGAGUGGUGUUUAAACAAUUUAGACUUGUACCAUCUUUCAGAAUCCAGUAGCAACCAAGAGCUGGUUUUAACUAUUUUAACUAUAAUGUUAUUAAUUUUGCACCACAAAUAUGUGUUCUAUUUUGGCGGGGCAUAGAUCCUCCUAUUGCUCUUUUGGUAUGGACCCCACUAAUUCAUUGGGGUUUUGUUAAGUCUGAUCCUGUGAUAGUUGGCUCAUUUGUUGUCAAGAGUUAGCAAAAUCCAACUGGAAAUAUUUAUUCUAUUCUUUCCAGAGAUCACAGAGUGAACAAGACGAAGGGGGAGGGGAGCUUAAUACAUGAACACACCUGUUUUGUUUUAUUUUGACUAAAUUUUGCUAGAGCAAGUAAAGUCCUUAGAACUGAAAUACACACAAAAAACCCAACAAGCUUGGGGAGAUGGCUGCACAACAAUGGCGUAUGUUAACCUCUACUGCACCUGCUCUGAUUUUCAGAAAUGCAUCAUAUCAGCACCUUUAUUUUGCUCUUCUAUCAAGCUGCUGCUUGGUUUGUGCAUCUGUUUCACUGGCACCUUAAGCAAUCUCUCCCCAUGCUCUUUAAGGUUUGAUCAGGAAUUGAGUGUGUGAAUGCAAAAAUCUAAAGAUGUCUGGUUAUUUUAUGAUUGGCUCCAGGUUGCUCCAGGCAGCAAUUGGUACUCUUUUUUUUUAACCUCCUGUGAAAUACAAAGACAAACCUGAACCCAUGCACCUGCUUUAGCAUUAUUUAUGGUAUAUAAAUAAGGUGAACAGGAUUUCUCCUAAACGGGAAAAAUACACAAGGAAUUCCUGGUUUGGUUCUGAAUGGACCUAAUUUCUUUUUUUCUUUAAAAGGGGAAUAAAACACAGCCCACACUGAUUUCCUCUUCUCAUUCCCUUACCAGGUUUACUAGAAAGCAGCACAAGACUAAAACCGCAUGAAGCUCAAAGCUACAGAAAGAAGGCACUGUGGGUUUCAUGGGCUUCCAUUAUUGUCACACUGGCUCUGGCAGUUGCUGCCUUCAGUGAGUAUUGAACAUAUUUCAAAUCUUUCAGCCUUUGUCUUGGCUACCUGAAUGCUUAAAAAGCCAUACACUGUGCUGCUGUGUGCUUUUAUAUAGCUCUGCUACUGAAGUGACUUAGAGAAGGCUUGCCCCGUGCUUAUAAAUUAAUAAAACAGCUGUGUGUAUUCUUUUUUUCUUUUUCUUUUUCUUUUUCUUUUUCUUUUUCUUUUUUGCUGAAGAGGACAUAAUUGUUGAAGGUCAGAUGAAGGAGCAGAUUUUUGUUUCCUGUUAUGGAAAUGUAUUCUUUUUUCUCAAUAAUAUAAAAAAUACAGUGAAUUUAAUUUAAAUUGAAUUAAGUUUAAACAAGCCUGUAUCUUUCUUGGAUGCCAUUUAAAAAAAAAAUACAGAGCAAAGGCAGAAAAAUUACACACAAAACAUGUAAUAUUUAUUUUCCUGUGGCUAAUAAUACAUAAUUAAUGUUUGGAGUACAAUCUCCACCAUCCUGAUAAGAUUAUAUGCUCCUUGGGGUACAUUUAAUGAUGCCCAUGUGGAUCUGGCUUUUCUGCUUUAGGCUCUUUAAGUAAAUAUUCUAGAAAGCAUCUAUCUAAAGCAAAUAUUACUUUAAAAAUCACAUGAAAUUAAAGGCUGCUUGCUUCAUUUAAAUUGAAAGACGCUAGCUCAGCAUAGUUUAAAUGUUACACACUUAGUAGCAGGUUGUGCUAACCUAUGAAUUAUGCAAAAUGUACUUUAUUUAACUCUGUAGAGACAUCUUGUGACGCGAAGUACAAGAUUUUGCAGUAGCUUAACAGAAAAGUUAGUUGGCUUUUGUUUGGUUUAAUAUUGUUCAUCAUAAAAAUAGUACUCCAGUUCUCAGAGACACACAGGAGUUGCUUGUGGAUUCUCAGAAUAUCAUCUCUUGGUGUGAGAGAAGCAAAACUGGAUGCCGUUGCAGCACAUGUUCUUGUGCUAAUCUGCAGUGAUGGGCUACGGCUGAAAGCUAGUGUCAGCUCCCAAGGGGAGCUAUUAGAAUCUGGCCAAAUGGGCUCUGCAAUACUCAGCAUAUAUUACUAGGAGUAAUUUGUAUGGCAAACACACACACACACCAUGCGUCAAUAUUUAAAAAGAAAGAAGAAAAGAAAACGUGAAAGCAGGGUUUCCUCUAGUACAAAAGAAAUAAAGCAUAGACAAGAGAAUUGUCCUGUUUCAUUGGUAUGAUUUUACUGCCUUGGAAUCAGAACAGCAACAAUUAUAUUGUCCUCAAACAACGUUAAUGAUACCUUGGCAUACAAUUAGGGCACAAGGUAGUAUUCAGGGAGACAAAAUGGGUUGUGGCUUUUAAGAAUUUUUCUAUGAUUUUGAAAGGGGAGGGCACAUACUGGAGGUUUUCGAUGGAACUUUGAUCCUAUAAAUAUGCCAACUAUAGCGAGUGGUGCAGUUGGUUGAAAUAUUAUGCUGUUGAAAAAGAGUGCAUUGCACACUUUGCUUUGCCCUCUUUAAACCAGUGGGGCUUAAUUCAGAGUAUACAAUGCUGGGCUGCAUGAAUUAGUCAAGUUAAAGCAAUUUCCCAAGUAUCAGGUUAUUGCUAGUAAACCUCUUAGGACAUAGGAACCUACAUUAAAGAUGGAGGGACACAUUGGCUGGUAUUCAACUAUGUUUUAGAGUAGACCUACUGAAAUUAAUGCGCUUAACUUAGUCAUGUUCAUUCAUUCAGUUGGUCUACUCUGAAUAAAAACUGCCUUAAUACCACCCAUUGUAUCAAGCACUGAAGUAGCAUGUGGGAGACCAAACAGUUUUUUAAUUGAUGUCAUAUCUUUGCAUCUACAGCCACCUCCCUUAAUAUUUAAAAAACAUCCUAGUAAUAAUAGUAAUUGCCUAGAAAAAAAUAAAGUGCCCUUUAGAGACACCUGUGUUUUUUAAUACUGGAACCCAAGAUAUAUCAACUUGCAAGUAGCAUGAACACAACAUAGCAUCCAGCAUUUCUGUUUUAUGCAUGUCUACUCAGAAGUGAACUCCAAUGGGACUUGGUCAAAAGAAAAUUCACAUAGGAUUGCAACCUGAGUAUCAUAUAGGUUUUAAACCCAUAGGCAUUUUAGUAUAGUAAAAUAGAUUUAUUAGGUACAUAGCAAGAAAGGAACAUGUUCACUGCUGAUUUAAAUGGUAUAGAAUCAAAGGGCCCAAGCUAGAUAAUACGUAAGUUGGACAUCUGUGACAGGAUAGCCUGCUUGCUUUUAUUUCUUUUUGGAGUAGUUGCAAGGGUUUCCAAAUUUGAUCAGGGUUGUUGCAGUGGGGCUGUGGCAGUGGGCACUGGUACCAUGUUUGUGAUCUAAUUUAUCUCCAAAGCUGCUGUAUGCACCAUUAAAGAGAAUAUACAGACACAUGUUUUCCCCACUAAUAAGGCAUGUAGGUGUUUGGUGGGAUCCAUGAUAGGUAAGGAGACAAAAUUGGGGGGGGGGUGUUGCUCACCCCUGUUCUAGUCUUGAUCAGAUUACAUCUCCCCCCCGGAUUAUUCUUAUUAAAAUGAUAAUAGCAACAAGCUGGGGAUUCAAUCACACAUCGUCUAAUCUUUUGACCCUCAGAUCUAUAUUCUGCCUGUUAAAUACUUGUUUUACUUAUCUGAUUGCAGCAGAAUGCUAUGUAACAGUAUAAAGUGAACAGAAUAUUCAAAUUUUAUACGUUUGCUAAAUGUCUAGAUAGCUUUCUAAUCAAUAUAAGCAUUUCUCUAAGAAUGCUUGAUUGAUUUUCAGUUUGUCUUAAUGUAACUUUCAACGAAGUUCCCAUACCUUAGGUUUACAAAAGAUUCAAUACAGACACAAUACAUACCUUCAAUGUAAAGAAGUAUAUGUUGGCUGAUAUGUAAUUAGCUAAUAUAAAAAUGUGUUACAGUGUAAUUCAAUAUAUCAAGUAUAGCCUGGAUAAAGUUGGAGUGAUUUAAUUUUAUGCAUGAUUCAGUUGUUUGAUGGUUCAUUACUAUAAUGCUGCAUUUUCUCCAUAUUUCAUAUUUCCUUUCAUUUGUCAGCUGUUCCCAUGUUUGGCCAAUCUUUCAAGCUGAGAUGCUUGCCAGACAGCUUGGUGAUUGCUUCCUGUGUUAUAUGAUUGACUUCUGCUUGUCAUUUGGGAUAGCUAGAUUGACUCUAAGAAUCAUUUCCAAACACCUGCUAUUUAUGGCACUCUGUUUCCUAGCUUCUUCCUGUUCUGCUUAUUCACAGUGGCAAAGUGUUAGCGUUGAAGUCCAGUGAUUUAUACCCCCCUUCUCUUGAGAAUGCAGACCAGCUAGCCAACACUUUCGUUGGCUGUCAGGCUGUUACUGCUUUCUUUCUGUGUUCCUACAUUUUCAUUUCUUUUAAGAUAUAUUCUGAAACCUCAGUUUAUUUUUACAUGCUAUUAUUCAGGGCUCAUCCAGAUUUGCCCUUGACCCGCUACUUUCCUCAGAAGAAACCCAAUCUUUAUUGCUGAAUCGGAACAAGUGCCAAUCGAGUUUUCUCUGGGUUGAUGUUUGUGCCAGUUUAUCGCUAAAGAGCAGGUUUUCUGGGGGAAAGCACUGGGGCAAGUGGAAAAAUGCUUGGAUACAUGCUUUCUAGGCAUGGGACAAGCACAAGUCUGGAAGAGCCCUCAGUCUUCAUAAUUUCCCUUCUGCUCUAAAGCAAACUUUUGCUUUAACACAAGAGUAGGGUGCAUGAGAUAUUCAGAUAUAUUGAUGAAGUUAUUAAAAAAAGACUCUGGAAUGAUUUUUUUCUCAUUAUAGUUUAAUGAGAAAGCAGAAAAAUACAGUCUUAAAUGUAUCUGUAGUAGAUUCUCCAAUCUUUAUUUCAGGUCUGGCUAGAACCAUUUUCCUGUUUAGCAUUGCCAGGUUGCAACGAAGAAAAAUUCAUUAGAUAUUCUGGACAAACCAAGGAUAAUGAGGGAUGAUUGGAGCCAAGUAGAAUUCAAAAAGCAGGAUUAUUUCCUUGUUCAACUUGAAAACCUGUUGGUUAAUCUACUUAAGGGCAUGUCAUUCUCUGAACUAUGGAGGCGGAGAUGUCUGGUGACAGUACAGAUGUCAAGAAUCAGAUUUAGGUGAUAUAUUCUCAGCUACCUGAAUAGUUACUAGAUGACUAAUUUAAUGUAGAAACUCCUUUAGAAACAGCUGUAGUGCAGCAAGAUAGACUAACAAGUACUGUUCCCCAUUGUUGCUAUGAAGAUUUGUCCCCUCCAUGGAGUUUCCUUUGCUGUUGUCAGCAGAAAUAAUACUGUUGUAGAUUUAUGGGUCUACAGAUUAUGGCAGCUGCAUGCACCGAAUGAGUGCCUAUCAUUCAUGAUCAGAAGAGAAUAUACAGUUUGGGGUGCACUGAGAACAUGUUUUGUGUGUUUCUUUUCGGUACAUUUGGUACAUUUCUUUUUGGUCCUCAAAUUAGUCAUAAUAGUGAUUUCUAAGACAAUAGCAUUCCUUAAGUCAUCUUAAAAUUCUGACACCUUGAAUGUGCUUCUGGAGCUCAACAUUCAAGAGGUUUGUUAACAGAAUCCAAGAAUCUGGAGGUUCACAUGUAACAUAGAUAUUAUCCUAAAAAUAUACAACCAGGGAAUGCUAAUGCUUGUUUACACUUUCUCGAUUCUCCCUCCUCCAUGUUAAACAUAUUGCAAUAUUUACACCUGAGCCAGGGUAGUGCUCAGAACUAUGAAACAGGUGGUUAUUGCAGGCGGUGGGUCUGAGGCACUGAGAGUGCUCUCCUUGCCUGAGGGAGCACUAAUGUUGAAGGCUAAAGAGCAGCAAGUUCCAGUGCAAACAUGUAAUUCCAUCCUUGUUGAAUUUCUGAGGAAAAGUGGGUUGGAAUGAUUGGGGGAGGAUGUCUGGCUGCAAUAUGCAUUUAACUUUGUGAAGUCCUGGAGAAAAAGGUAGAAGAGAUGUGCCCUUUGACUUUUGAGUCUUUUUGUUUUUAUGUCAUCAGCAAGUUCAGCCUUUCUGAAGUUCUGGUAGCUGGUGAUAGUUCAUGUUUAUGCUAAUUCAAAAUUAGGAUUAUAGUUAAGGAUAUAUGUUAUGGCUAUUCAAUUUUUGCAGUGGAUUUCAAAUUAAGGACAAAAAUAUGUGAAUUAUGCCAAAUACUUGGGGUAAUUACAGAACAUGCACUUUUUAAGAUCUUAUUAUUUUAAAAAUAUGAAAUAUAUUUAAAUGGAAUAGGUUUUUCAUUAAUAACUAGCAGCAAUGUACCUGGAAUUGCCAAGGGAUUCCAAUAAAUGAAAACACUGCAGUUUGAAAGGUUUAUUCUGUCAUCUUGAUUCAAAUUGGUAUCCACCUGUAUCAAAACAUAGAUGAAGACCUGCACCUUGAUCUCGGGAACUAUCAUGCAGAAUCUAGUCACAAUAUCUUAAGAGGUGUCCAAAUGCAUAGUGAACAAAGAACCAACUUUCCAAAAUGGAACAAAGAAACAAUUUUCCAAAAUGGCCUGGCCUGCUCAAAUAUUUUUUGGGGGAACCAAAGUGUUGGAUCCUAUGAUACCUGUGCCGAUUAGAUUUUCUAGCAUGAUACUCCAAUUCGCACAUAGAUAUUCUAACUACAGUGUAGUUCUGGUGUUAAGUAAAAGAUCUCAAAAGGAUUUCAAAGUCAACAAAUACUUGCAUGAAAAUAACCAUAUACCAUUGAUCAUUCACUUUUCAUCAGAAAAACUUGGCUGGUGAAUCUUAUAAGUCCAGUUAGAAUGAAUUCUACUUACCUGUUCUAAUCUUUCUGCACAUGUAGAGAACAGUUUAAUGAACAUCAUAUUUUGGUUUACCAUAAACCAGAGUGUAGCUUUUAGUGGGUUUAGUGUAGCUUAUGGUGUAUGUAUGCAAUUUGUAAUUAAGUUCAAAUAUGACUCACACUGUAAUUUACAUGCUUCUCAGUACCAGGUUAAAGUAGCAGCCAGCUGAGUAUGGAGAGAGGAGCUUUCUACGUGUAGCUCCAGGUGUUUCAUUAAAGACCAGAUGGAGCAGUCUUAUAAUUUCAUUAAAAAUGACAGUAAUACCCCAAAACAAAUCUCAGUGGGAUUGACACCUGUGCAUCAUAAUCAGCGAUUUUAAGAAUAUUUAUAGGAGUAUAAAUUUUGCACACUUAGAUAUAGUCGGUCGCAAUAAAUACUUCUUUUCCAUUGGAAAAGCAGAAUACCACAACCAUCAAUUACCCUAAACAUGAUCUACAAUUUAGCUUCCAAAUGCAUGUGUUUGAGUUGGAGCCUGGUAGAAUCUUUCCCUAAUUACUGGGUACUAGUUACGUAGAGUGACCUAUCAAUAAGGCUGAGCCCAGUAACGAGCUGCAUUAAACCAUAUGGCUGAGACAGCAGAUUGGGUGAGAUGACAGAUUAUGUCUCUGCUAUCUCCCUGCAUGUCCAAUCACCAACCAAUUACAACUCAAUGGCCAUUCAACAGACCUGCUUCUCCUUUCUCUUCACUCACCCACCCACUCCUGCUGCUCUCCCUCCCUCUGUUGCUCACCCACUUACUGCAAGAGCACUGUUGCAACCAGCAAUGGAGGUGGCAAAUUAGUGUAAAAUGCCCUUCACUUUUAAACUGUAUUUUGCCAUUGUUGUGGCAAAGUGGUGGCAGCUCACUGAGUGAUUUUGCCCACAAUUCAUUGUUCUGAGGACCAUGCCAGCAGUACUGAUAGCAUUGCUUGUUCCCAGAUUUACCCCUUCCUCAGCCCUCUGUGCUACCUACCCUUCAUUGCUGUUCUUGAAUGUUCCUGAACUCUUGAAUAUAUUUUUGGAAAAUGUAAAAAGGCUGCAAGAGAUGUUGGAGUUGGGCAUGUAUGUCACAGUAGAGUACAGGAGUAAAUAGUCUAGUAAGACUGCUGGUUGAAAGAAGAAAGAUGUUUAAGAUUUAUUAUUCCUAGUAAUAAUCAAAGCCAUUCUGAGGACAAGGUUACAUGUUGCGAUCAUGGAGUCCUUAACAGAAGGAAAGUCUCUAACACUAAUUGAAGGAGGAGGGUGAAAAAAGAAUGAAAACCUUCACCCCACCCCCCACCCCUGUUUCAGAUGCAGCUUUACUUCCAACAGGAGAGAGGUGGAUUGGUUAAAAAUCAUGUACCUUCUUUUGCUAGCUGAGGUGUUUGUUGGAUUAAUAACCAUUUUGCUAUUAGAAAGGCACAGUUGGAUUCCACCUCAUGGUUUUGUGAAUCGUGGUAUUUGAAAUGCUUCAAAAUGUAAUGUUAUUAAUGAGGGUAAAGAUCGCUUCAGAGCUAAAUACAACAUGAUUUUAGAGCAAUAUUGUUUUACUAGGCCUUAAAACACCAGUUCCCGAUUCUUUGGAACAAUUGACAAAAACUCUCAUCGACUGACUGGCAGGAUGUUUGUUACCUUAGCAAAAACUCCACCCAAUAUCAGGAAGAUAUUAUGAGCUGAAUGUUUUAAGUUGACCUCAAACUCUUUAUCAGAUCACAAGGAGUGGCUAAGAGGUGGUGUGGAAGAAAGGCUCACUGUAUGAUUGAGGAUGUUAAUCCUUUGAGUUAAAUCAGCCCUUACUAAUUAAUGCUUGCUUCCUGACACGACAGACCUUACUGUUAUGUGAUUUACUGUGGCAGCCAACAUUUAUCAGACUAUCAUUUCCAGCUGUGUGGAACUAAUAAUACCCAAAGGAGCCUGUUCUAUGGGUUUGAUGUGUGGGGUGUUAGGUAUGCAACACAAACUUAUCAUUUUAAUUAACAAGUCUUGAUAUUUCAAAACAUAAUAGAGCAUGACUAAUGAAUGUAUUUUUAGUGAAAAAAGACAAAAAAAAAUUUCAAUAGUGCAGUUUUAUGGUAGGAUAACAAUCUGCUAUGAAAUAUAGAAAACAACUCUAUAGUGUACUGUUAUGGACAGAAUGAAUAAAUGGCAUAAGCAGGUUGAUUACAUGGUAGGAGGCCUAAUAUCUAAUUUGAAAUAAGAUGUUGUAUAUAUUCUGGGCACGGUAGUUUAACAGUUGCUGGGAAAUGUAAUUCAGGGUGAGGUGGCCAAAAUUCUUUGAAAUAAUGUGCUUUGAGUGUGCUUCAAAGGUACACAGCCUUUAUAGAGCUCUUUUCUUAUUUUCUCAUCUGUUCCAUGGUCACUUAUCCUUUAGAACUGCUGAGAUGCAUUUGAUCCCACUAGCAUUAAAAAUGAAAAAGGCCUUCUCUGGGCAUCAUUAUCAUUGGAAUUGAGGUAGCUUCUAGGUGCAGAGCCUUCUCAGUGAUGGUGUACCAGUUGCGAAAUGCUCUCCCCAGAGAGGCUCAUCUAGCCCUGAUUUUGCUGUCCUCCUGGAUUUCCUUUUUAUUUCCCCAAGCUUUUUAGUUACAUAAACUACCAAAGGAAGUUGUAAAGGACCGUAUAAAUGUUCAUCUGCCAGUCCUACAGCUUUGAUAUAGGCAGUAAUACCAGCCUGUCUUUAAAAGGUCGUUUUGAGGAUUAUUGAGUGUGUGAAACUCAUUGAGCAGUGAAAAGGAAUAUAUAAAUGAUAAUUGUUAUAAUAAACCACUGAAUGACUUCUAGAGCACUUAGUAACAGAAAGUAGUUGUAGCGGGCAUACCUUGGUUCACUGAUGUAGGAAUGGCAGUUAAAAAUGCCCUGGCUUCUUUUAAAAAUGCACACCAAAACUUCUUGUACUUUGUUUUCCAAGGAAAACAAGUUGUACCAGCUAUGUAUCAACACAACUACAUCAUUCAGAUCUUUUGUCCUCUUGGUAAAAUAUUUUAUGCAAGUAUAAAUAAUUAUGUAGCACAAGGUGCUUAAACACCUGACCUUUCCUUGUAAUUAAUCUGUUUAACUGUCAUCCAAGAGGUACCUUUUGCAGGAAAUAUAAUUUAGGGUAUGAUAUUGCCAUCUGUGCUUUAUGAACAGGUUGUCAUGGGCAUAGUGAAUCCUACGCCAGAAGCUUAGUUUUCGACCUGUGUGGUUUGAUGCUGAGGAAGAUGUACAACCAUAGCUGUGUAAUCUACAAGUUUUACUCCAGCUGGAAACAAUAAUAAUUUGUCUAUGCCUUGAUACAAGUGUAUGAUAAAUCGGCAUAGCUGGAUUUAGGUAAAAUCUGGAAUACUUUAUAGUAAUUUAAAUCUGUGCCUGCAGGAGGCAUGUGUCAAUAACUGGAAAUAAGAUGUUAGUCUUUUUCAAACACUGCCACUAGCUGUAUCGUGGAUCUUUUUAGAAAGGUAUGUUUUAAAAAGGAAGAUAAAACAUUAAAAUGUGGAUUGGAUUAAAAUUCAUCAGUAUAUUUCAACACUAGUUGUUUUUAAGCAGCAUCUCAAGACGGUUACAGUCUACAGACUUCUGGGUUCCAACACACCCAGCUUUUUCACUCAUCCUCCCCUCCACUUUUUCUUCUUGUUGUUGUUGCUUAACAUCCAUCUUGAAAAGAGAUCUGGAGAACUCAAAAGGCUUGCUCACUGUUUCCGGGUAUAGUACUGUGAUUUCCCUCCACGAUGCAGGAAUGGAGGGGUAGCUGUAUCAUUAGGCAGGGUUAAAUGACAGGGUUAAGUCCCUUGAGCUAGCCUACUAUUCUGUAGAGCAGUGUGGACAUUAUCACAUUGCCGGUUUUGCAGCUGAAACUUAGUUCCAGUCCAGAUGGAAGUGGGAGAAUGCCAUCUCCUCCUGUAGCAAAAUGAUUCAUGCCAACCCUGGUGGAAGGAAGGAGGGAAGGAAGGAUUUUCAUUUCUUGAAUUGAAUGUCAGAUUAUUUUUGUUCAUAUCAGGGGGUUUUUCCUGCAUAUGCAGCUUCUCUUGGGAGUGAAAAAACGCAAAAUGCUUUUGUAUGUUCAACCGCGCCACAUAUUUGUAUAAUGCUGCUGUGUAUUAUUUUGGUCAUAAUAUAUUAAACAAAAGCAUAAUCUGAAAAAGGGUAUGAAAACUAAAAUUGUCAAGAGUUUGGUUAAAAUCCUGUAUCCACUUAUUUGGGUAUAAGCCCAACCAUAACCUAAUUAGAAACUCUUUAUGAGUGCACGUAGGAUUGCAGUUUUAAAUAAAUGUUUAAAAGUUUUAAAGCUUCACAGGGCAGUCCUAGGUAAGUAAGUCUCACUGAGUUUGAGGGGACUUAAUCUCAGGCAACUGUAAGUGUAUAUAGGAUUGCAGCUUAAAUACAGAAAACUUACUACUGUAUUGGGGGAGAGCAGACAAGCAAUUUCUUCAUUUGUACUAAAACUUGGGGACGUCCAGAGAAGUCAAAUUAGUGUUGAUCACAAACUUACAUCGCAUAUACCACUUAAGAGUUAAUAAUUAACGUAUGAAAUGACAAGAUAUGAUGGUAAUUACUAGCUUUGAAGAAAUGAAAGGGGAGAAAGGAUUUCGUAUAUUAAUGGAGGACAAUUCUAUUAAAAGCUGUGAGUCAUGAUUAUUGAAUAGAAACUCAGAGUGUUUCUUUAUCCAUCUCUUUUAUUGGUGAGUGUUGGGUAGGAGAACUACAAAUCCUCUCACCUGCUGCCCUCUAUUCAAUGGUUUCCCAGGAAAUGUCUCUUGACUGCUCCUCUAGCUUUGCAGAUUUAUGCACACUCAGGCACACACACAUUCAGUCCUCUUGAGCAUUUGAUUACUGAGGGUUUUUUUUAUAUAAAAAGGGCUACUAGUUUCUGAAUUUAAGGCCUGUACAGUUGUACAGUUCAGCCUUUAAUUAGGCCUGUAGCCAGGUUUGCAUUCUUUUGGGGCCAAAAAGUGAUAAAGGAGUGGCUUAUUCUGUGCCUGUAGGACUAGACUACAGGAACUUGAGCAAUAAUUCAGGUAACUAUUUAAUCUUAAUACCAGUUAUCUGUUAACUGCUUUUGAAAAUAACCUAGAUCAUAGCUUUUAUAUUUUUAAUGUGCACUUGUGAAAGGCUUGGUAUGAACUUCACAGAUUAGCAGUUGAUCAUUCUCACUGGAAACUGACAAGGUCACACUGAAGUUAUAUUUAUACCUGUGAAAACAACAAAUGAUGUUAACAUAGCAUAACAUUGCAUAAAUGUAUAGAUUUUCAUGGGUAGCAUUUGAUUGCUGCUGGAGCUGCAAGUUGCUUUGGAUGAUAUUUAUGCAGCAGCAAGAGUUUAUGCAUAACACUUCACAUAUUAUAGGUAGGCAAGAUAGAAAAAUACAUUCCCAUGAGAAGGUAAACUGUUUUAUAUGAUAAUUAAACAGCAGUUGUGCAAAAAACUAUUGUAUGAGAAAAAGGAGCUGCCACAGUAGCAUUUGAAGUUUUCUAUAGCAUUUUAUAUUUAUAGUAUGUUUUCAGUCUUGUGCUGUCAGAUUUUUCUCCAACCUAAGAAAAUCACAUUAUUGCUUUGUAGCAAGGCAAAACAAACUUAUCUAUUUCCAGCUCUAAAAUGAGCUAAUAGAUUGGAAAUACUAAGUAAUGAAUUUGUUCAACAAUGACAUAAAAAGUCACACCAGCCACACCUCUUCUUCCUGGUUUCUGAACAAAGAAUUUUACUCUGAGAUCAAAAUGAUAGAUUUGUGUGUGUGUGUGUGCUAGUAUAAAAGUGUGGAAGCCUUAGAUCAGGCAUAGGCAAACUCGGCCCUCCAGAUGUUUUGAGACUACAAUUCCCAUCAUCCCUGACCACUGGUCCUGUUAGCUAGGGAUGAUGGAAGUUGUAGUCCCAAAACAUCUGGAGGGCCGAGUUUGCCUAUGCCUGCCUUAGAUAUUGUCACAGAGUCAGCUGGUCAGUAAAUCACAGUUCAGAGCUGGAGUUGUUAGAAAAACACAAUCUUUACAGACUUAGCUGGGUUUCAUGCUCAGUGAGCACAGCAGCUCAUGCCCUGUAGGUCCUACUCUAUGAAAUCAGUUGCUGAAACUAAAAGUGUCUGCCUCCCCACAGCCAUCUAUGUGUUCUCCUCUCCAGGGCUUCUUCCGAACAAGUGGAGACAGCGCUGCAUGCAGCCUAUCUUUGCUUUGCCCAUUUCAUCCCUCUACUUGUUUGGGGAGUCAGGGGGGAGGGGAGCUUGUGUCAGCAGGGAGGGAAGACACCCAGGAAACUCUACCUCUUGACCUCCCUUCUCCCACAUGUCUGCUUCAGCUUCUGCCUCUGAUGCUUGACUUCUCUGCCACAUACUCUCCCACCUCAUUGAGCCUUAAUGCCCCUUCAGCUUCUGACAGCUUCUUUCCCCAGACUUCUCCCUGUAACCAUUCACCGUUGUCUCACUACCACUCCCUGGACUCUGAGCAUUCUUCCCUUGAUGGUUCCCCAGCUGGUUUCUCCCACUACUCGUCUGUGUCCAACCAGUCCAUGACAGAUUUGCCCUUAGCAUAUGGCAACCUACACAUCUUUCAUUUACCACUGUGUAAGGCUCUGUGGGUUAAACCACAGAGCCUAGGACUUGCCGAUCAGAAGGUUGGCGGUUCGAAUCCCUGCGGCGGGGUGAGCUCCCGUUGCUCGGUCCCUGCUGCUGCCAACCUAGCAGUUCGAAAGCACGUCAAAGUACAAGUAGCUAAAUAGGUACCGCUCUGGUGGGAAGGUAAACGGCGUUUCCGUGCACUGCUCUGGUUCGUCAGAAGCGGCUUAGUCAUGCUGGCCACAUGACCUGGAAAGCUGUAUGCUGGCUCCCUCGGCCAAUAAAGCGAGAUGAGCACCACAACCCUAGAGUCAGUCACGACUGGACCUAAUGGUCAGGGGUCCCUUUACCUUUACUAAGGCCGUAGGAUUACAUAAUCUGUAGAGCACAUGCCAGCCUAUAUUAGAUUCUUGUAGCCAUUUCUUUUGUUAAGAGCUAACCUUGUGGCUUUUUUUACAUCAAGACAAGACAAGACUGAUCAAAUUUCAUAAUUUUUGAAUAGCUCAAGAAUAUAUCAUGUGUCGUUAAUGCAAUAUCAUUCACUAGAAAAGCUAGCUGUGAAACAUAAUCCAUCAUACAAAUGCUUUUGGGUAAUGCACAACUCAAAUCUUAUUUGGAACAUGAUAUUAUAUAAAGUAGACAUUGUGUUACUCAUUUGGCAUUCAUUGGCAAGCAUGUGAUCAAGGUCUCCCCCCCCCACCUUUUUUUUUUACAUUCCAAAACCUUUCCCUCCAAGCCCUUUGCUUUUGGCUAAAGUGUCUCAGACAAAAUGGGAGUGAAAAUGAUGCAUGUAGUAGUUCCUGAAGAUAAUUGGUACACUUUCUUCAUGGGGGGAAAUGAAUACGGAUAUCCUAUUUUCUGUAUCCUGUGAUACCUACCCAUUUUCUUCAGAUCCUUUAUUUCUCCAGUCAUUUGUUUAUUCCAGGUUGUUUUUCUGUCACUGUCUUUGCUACAUAGGUGUCAUUUUUAGGAAUCCACACCAACACACAUUAGGAGAGCAAUGGUUUCACAAUGUAGAAUAAUCUAUAAAACAAAACUGGUGUUUCAUCUGUCACAUGAGGCACAGGUCUUUCUUUCUUUCUUUCUUUCUUUCUUUCUUUCUUUCUUUCUUUCUUUCUUUUUAUAAAAAGGCCUUAAUGUUCAGAUGCCCUGUAUGUGGGCUUAAAGUAUAUAUUAAAAAGUAGCAGACAAACAUGGAUUUUUCAGUGGGAUAGUUCACAUUUGCUGCAACCCCCAAGCUAAUUCUUCAGGACCCUGGUGGGGGCUUCCACUAGACAUGGAUCAAAUUGCUUUUUGAAUACUGGUGUCUACAAGCAGGCUUUUCAUCUGCAGCCACUAUGAUUGUGCAAUUCCAGCAACCUGAAAAAGACACUAAGAAAUUGGCUAGCGAAUCCCUAAACUGGUCCAAUUCUAUACUAAAAUAUACUCCUUAGCUCACUGCCUGGGCCUAGGGAGAAGAUGCAGAAAUAAUCACACAUUAGGCAGUUCUAAUCUCUCCUGAAAACGUGAAUCUGGAAAAAGUAAAUAAUUUCUGGAGAAACAUAUCACAAGGCAAAGUAGUACAACUCAUUAUCAUCACUGUAACAAAUUUACCCUGGAGAUAAAUGCAUUUCAUAUGAUGAAAUCUUACUAUAGUGAUAUUUAUAAUGCAAGCUGCUGGGAUUUUAAAUGGUUUUUGAUCUCCCACCCCCAAAUCUGACACUGAUUUCCUGAAGAGCAUCUUGUGUGAAGAGACUUGCACAAAACCACCAGUGACAGGACAGAGUCUUGACCCAGACUAACUGCCCAAAUUCUCAAAAUUUGCUUAACUCGUGUAUAUAUGUGCAAGUCAUUUUUCUUUUUUUUUAAAAAAUGAUAUUUAUUAAAAGUUUAAGAAUUACAGGGGGGAAAAAUAACAAUAAAAAAGAAAAAGAACAAUGACAAAACAUAUAAAACAUAUAAAAGCCAUACAACAAUACAGCAAAAAACAAAAACAAAAAAGAAACUAAAACAUACAUCCAGUAUUCCAUAUCUUUACCUUUCCUUUACUUGUUUCAUCGACCUCCUCAUACCUCCCUUUUUUUGUAUUCUAGUUCAAUUCACUAUUUCAGCAAGUUCUUCCCAUCUUUCUCAAUUUUUAUUCUAUAAUUUGUCUUAACAGUCUAACCUUAAAUUUUUUCAAUUUAACCCAUUAUCAAUCAACUUUUACUUAAUUCUUUGUUGCAUUUCUACUAAAACCAUGUAACUUCAUUCCCGCAUCCUUCUAACACUCAUUAAUUUUACAAUGUUUCUCUAAGUAUACUUUAAAUUUUUUCCAAUCUUCUUCCACUGACUCUUCUCCCUGGUCUCGAAUUCUGCCAGUCAUUUCCGCCAGUUCCAUGUAGUCCAUCAGCUUCAUCUGCCAUUCUUCCCUGGUGGGUAGAUCUUGUGUCUUCCAAUACUUUGCAAUGAGUAUUCUUGCUGCUGUUGUAGCGUACAUAAAGAAAGUUCUAUCUUUCUUUGGCACCAAUUGGCCGACCAUGCCCAGGAGAAAGGCCUCUGGUUUCUUAAGGAAGGUAUAUUUAUAUACCUUUUUCAUUUCAUUAUAGAUCAUCUCCCAGAAUGCCUUAAUCUUUGGGCAUGUCCACCAAAGGUGAAAGAAUGUACCUUCAGUUACAUUACAUUUCCAACAUUUAUUAUCGGGCAAAUGAUAGAUUUUUGCAAGCUUGACUGGUGUUAUGUACCACCUAUAAAUCAUUUUCAUUAAAUUCUCUUUUAAGGCAUUGCAUGCUGUAAACUUCAUACCAGUGGUCCAUAACUGUUCCCAGUCAGCCAUCAUAAUAUCAUGUCCAACAUCUUGUGCCCAUUUAAAUCAUGCAAGUCAUUUUUCUUGUAUUGACUAUUAGCAUAAUCCUAACUGAUACCAGUAAUCUAUUUUAGGAAAUUUUAGUAUUUACAAAUAAACUAGACAGCAGGAUUUUUUCCCCUGACCGAAAUACUUGAAUUAUUCAUAGAUCAUGCCUGCCAAUCAUAUACUGGUCUCUUGAGAAAUCAAUACUGUGCCCUAUGUUAGGUUAUGAUCUUUGUUCUGUCAACAUCUUGCUGCUAGAUUAGGAAUUCAUACAUGUGCAAAAAAUACCGUAAUAAUAAUAAAGUAUAGAAAAAACUGUGAUGUUUUCUUCACCACUUCAUGCAGUUCGAAGGACAUAGCAACCUUAAAUCAACCAUCCUCAUAAGAAUAAAAAGAAAUAGCCCUCCCUAUAGGAGCACUAUACAUUUCCUAUUCUCUUCCAUACUUUAUAUUGUAAAUACCACCACUACUACUACUACUACUACUACUACUAAUUUUAUUAUUUAUACCCUGCCCAUCUGGCUGGGUUUCCGUAGUCACUCUGGGCAGCUUACAGCCAGGUACAUGAUGCUUUUUCCUUCUAUUAAAAAAAUACUGAGAUACAUUGUUUUCAUUUAUUUAUUUUGAUUUAUAUACUACCCUUUAUCAAAAGAUCCCAGGUUGGUGUACAACAUUAAGAACAUAUUUUACAGAUCACAAUAGUAAAAACAUAAUAAAAACCCUAAGAAAAGACAGCAUAAGGAUAAAAUAAUCACAAUAGCCGUCCUCCCCCCAUGGCCUUAACAGGCCACAGAUUAUUUAAAGUGCAGAGGUCUGGGUAAAGAGGAAUGGUUUUGCCUGGCACAUAAAGACAUGUAAUAGGCUCGCCUAGCGUCGUCAUCUAGGAAGAGCAUUCCACAGGGAGAACCACCACAGAAAAAGCAUGCUUUUGUGUUGCUGCCCUCCAAACCUCUCAAGCGAUAUAAAUAAAUAUGACAGGACAGGUAUAAUUUUGUUCAUUUUGUACUGAAUGGUCAGAAUUGGCUUUUGUUUUCAAAAUCAGAAGUAAAGCAGGUUAAUCAGCUUGCUAGUUUAUCAUAAUUCAAGGCACUUUAUUAUGAAGGUAUUGUUAAGGUAUUGUUUACAAAGAUUUAUACUGGUGUUAAAAGUUCAGCUCAGACUUAAUUUUUCUUUAAUUUGUUUUUAAAGAUUCCGUCAUAAAUUAGGAUUCUCAAACUGAUAGGAAAGGGCUAGUUAUAGGUUCCCUAUCACAGCCUAAUUGUCUGUAAUACUGGAGUCUAAUUCAUCUAAUUGUCAGGAAGAGAAAUGAUUAGCACUUUCCCCCCAUUUUGUAAUUAGUACUUGGUGCUUCUGAAUCCCAUAUCAGAUUAAAUUCCUGCUCAUAUAAUGAGUUUAACAUGGUUUCAUGGGCUGAUAGAUAAUUAUUCAGUGACAGCAAUCGCUGGAUAGUUAAGACCAGGCAUGGACUUUCUGUUGGUUCCUGAGGAUUCCAAGCUUUUUAGGUCACAUCCUAAAGAGAAAUGGUAGCAGUCACAAAAAAGAUGGUUGACUUCUCUAUGCUUCCUUGUAGUGUGUAACAGCAUUAUAACGUGAUCAUUUCCCCCUCAAAGCCUUUGUAAUGGAAAAUAUCCAUUUCUUUCCCCCUCAAAAGUGCAUAUUUGCAGGAACCAAUCUAUGGUUUUGAUAAGUGUUUGGGUGUGUGUCAAUACAGCAAUCUUUUUGUUACUUGUAGGUUGAACAUACUGAUAUGCAGCUAGUAUUAAGGUGCUGGAUUGGAUAAGAUACAUUGAGGGGGAUUUCUAGACAGGAAAAUACAAUAGGAAUAGCGGGCAAUGCAAAUGAAAUAAAAAUGGUUACAAGAAACAGUGGAAUGACAAGAACAACAAGGAUAUCACAGCAGGUAGACUAUUCAUUUGCUGAAUGCAAUUUUAUUUAAUUCAGUAGCAUUCAUUAUCUGGCAUGCAUUACCAGGCAAUGAAUGAAUGAAUGAAUGAAUGAAUGAAUAAAUAAACAAACGUGCAAAUGUAAUCUGUGCAUUUUUUCCCCUCUUGGGAUUUCCUUCAGCUGACCCGCUUGUUAGUUUAUAUCCUAUGCUCUAGAUAUCCUGUUUAAUGGAAAGGGAUUUAAGAACAUCCUUUUAGCAAGACAAGGCACACACCUUGUCACAACAGUCUUUCUCUAAGGCAUGUCUAAUACAUGAGAUUGGUGUUAUAUAGUCUUCUUCCCUAAGUGUGUCGUAUUGUGGUUAAACCCAGAACUAGCACUAGGUAGCUGUUACAGCUCUGACAAAUAUGCCCUGCUCUAGAUUAAUUUGCUAUACUAGAGGAGAAAGUAGGGUAGUGGAUGGUGUACCUGCAGCUGGUGUGGUGAAGUGCUGACCCCCAGCCCUGAUCUAGCCUCCCGAGUCUUUUCAAUAAACCACUUGGCACCGUGGUUACAAAUUUGCUGGUUACAUAAAUUGCAGUAGAUGGCUCAGGAAAAGCUGGUGAUCAAGGUCCCUGCCACUGCCCCACUGCUUGUUUUCUCUUUUUUCACUUAUAAUAUUUAAUUGGUUUUGUUAAAGUACAAACUUAACAAAAGGAAACAGAAAACAAAGAAUCAAAUGUGUUAAUCACAAAGCGUCACAGCCUGGAAGGACGAAAGAUAGUGUAGCUCCAAAGCAACAAUGAAGACAUGUAAAAACAAAAGUACUUCCCCACUUUGAGUUUUACCAUUACUGAGCUUUAAGUUCUAUAACGUCUCAGAUGAUCCAGACGUUUGCAUAUACUGGUGAAACUGAGCAACCAUAUAUCUCAAUAUUCUUAAAAGAAAUAAAAUCAUGAUGAGUUUUUUUUUUUUUGCUGUACAUAAGAAUAUAAGACAAGCCUGCAGUAUCAGGCCAGUUGCCCAUCUAGUCCAGGAUCCUGUUUUCACAGUGGCCAACCAGUUGCUUGUGGGAAUCCUGUAAGCUGGACAUGUACUCUGCCCACUUGCAGUUUGCAGCAACUGGUAUUCAUUCGGUGGCAUACUGCCUCUGACAGUGGAGGCAGAACACGGUCAUCACGGCUAGUAGGCAUUAAUAGCCUUAUUAUCCAUGAAUUUGUCUUAGUUCUCUUUUGAAGCCAUGCAAGUUGAUGGCAAUCGCUGUCUCUUGGGCAAGCAAGUUCCAUAGUUGUAAAUAUGCAAUUUUCAUAGUUUUAAAUACACAGCAUGGUGAAGUAUUUUCUUUUCUCUGUUCCAAAUCUUCCAACAUUCAGCUUCAUCGAAUAUCCUUGAGUUCUAGUGUUGUGUGAGAGGCAGACAUUUACAAGUUCUGGUGUCUGUGGUGUGCUCUCUGUCCAUUUUGAAAUGGCAGGCAAUGGUGGUGGUGAUAUUAAGCCCUGAUAUCGCUGCUCCUACAAAGCCAGCCAAAAUUUAUUCCUCCUCCUCUCUGACCUGCAGCUCCCAAGGCACCCGUAUGCUGCUUGAAGAACUAUUAUUUUCCAGUCCAGUGCCACAGUGGAGAGCAAAGUUGCAAUAAUCCCUUUUAGACCCAAGGACAUGGUUUCCUUUCUCAUUGUGUCCCGGGGCUGGAAAUUUUGCACAGCGCCUGCAGCAGUUUCAGCAGCUGCUACAAGAUACUACUCAGUCCAGUGCCAUGAUGAGGAGGAAGAUUGUCUCCUCUGCUGUUCAUAGAUAGGUCUCUGAAGAGCAGGGAGCAGUUUUAUUAUAGCUGAGGACUAUAAUAGGGAGGAAAACUCCUCCUCUACAGGUGGAGCAAGGUGGUGAUUUCAAGUUGGCCAACACUCACCUUACAUGUCCACCCAGUGAGAAUGGGUGGUGGUGACCAAGACAGGAGCAGCUUUCUGUACUCUACAAGCAUGCAGGCAGGCAAGAUCUACAGCAGCUCUGGCACACAAGGCAGAGGCUACAAACAGACUUCCCUUGAAAUUCAGAGCAGGAACAAGAAUCCCAACAGAGUCCUCAUGAACAGAAACAGUGCUUAUGUAUUUCAUAUGUCACAAGCAUCUAACAAGGGUUAGAUCUGUGCAUGCAUGUGUGGAAUGGCCACACACCCCUUGGCAUGAGAUUUCCAGAGGAUUACAAUAUGGCAUUGCGCUCCUUGAGCCAGUUUGCAUCAUACCUUAAUGCUGCUUUCCUUUCUGAUGGGCAGCAUUGGGCUGUUGGCCAUGCCGGUGGAAGUUGUAGUCCCAAACUGGAGCGUACCAGGUUGGGGAAGCCAGUAGAAGAGUAGAAAUGUUGGCUGAGGAACUAGAGGAUGUUUGUGUAGCAAUAGUCCACUUGCUUAUUUCCAUAGCAAUUUUUCCAUAGUAAUUAUGGCAUGUAGGGUAGAGCUGGAUAGCGUUAGGCGGAGCAAUGGAUGCAAUAUUUAUGCUGCUCAUCAUUUUGAAGCAUGACCAGAAGCCAUGCUGCUGCAAAUCUGGACAAUGGAUAAAUGUGAUGCUUCGGCACAUACUUAAUCCACCUGGAAUAUAGUGUUGACUGAACCACAUUGGCUGAAGAUCUCUGGAGCCAGACUGUGCUGCAUAUAGCACACUUGCCUUGGGGAAAUUUGACAAUUUUCACUUAAGAAUGCUACAGCAGAAACCAGAAGGAAGUCAGAAGAAACUGUAAUUGUAAAAGACAAGAAGGAGCUAGAUAUGAACAUAAUCUAACUAACGUUUUCCUCCUGGAAGCUAUUCUUGCAUUUCUUUACAGCUGCUAAUAUCUGUUAGUAUAUGCUAUCUUUUAUUGUGUAGUCUACUGCAGGAAAGAUGAAUUUACAAAUGUGGCACUUAUAAACCUUUAAUAUAGUUAAGCAAUCUCCCCAGACAACAAUGACUUUGUCAGUUUAUUCUUGAUGGAUUAUUUUAAUAGAGCAAAUAUUGCUUGAAUAAAAUUGUAUUCCCUAAUUCCAUACACAUGACUCCAUUUUAUUCAUACUUCCUUGUCGAACAUCAAACUGCUACUAGAUUUUUUUUGGUGCUUAUAUCCCUUCUGUUUAUCUAUACCAGUGUCAGUCUCUUCCCCCUCCUUUUUUCUUCCCUACUCUUCUGUGAGUACAGGAAUAUCAGGCAGAUUGUUCUAGUAUAGAGGUAGGGAAUCUCUGGCCGGUGGCGGCAGGGGGCUGCAGCCCUCCACACCUCUGUAUUUGGUCCUCAGCUCUCUCCCGAAGUGUUCUUGCAUGGCUGGAAUGUGUCCUUGGAUCCUGACAAUACCUCUUGCUUGUACUGAUGGAAGACAGACGGGUGUGUAGAAAUGACUGUACAAAGGUGAAGCCCUCUUAGCCUCUGGUCCCACCCAGCACUGGCAUAUGGCUCCUGAAAGAUUACUCUUAAGGGAAUGUGGCUCUUGGGCUGAAAAAGGUUCCCCAACCAUGUACACGGAUAGGGAACCUGUGGCCUUUUAGAUACUGUUGGGGUCCAGCUCCCAUCAGCCCCAGCCAACAUGAACAAUGAUCAGACAUGAUGGGGAGUUGUAGCAGGAUAUAAUCUGGAGGGCUGCAGGUUCUUCUUCCAUGCUUUAGGAUAUAGCUAGAUAUUUGGACAAAACUUUAUUUUAUGGUGCUUCCCUCAUAUCAAGGUUCAGAAAUAUCACAAUAUGUUGAAUUUAUUUCUGUUAAUAUAAAUUCAUCUGGGAAACGAUAAGCUACUGAAUGUGUAGAGGAUGCUUCACGCAAUACAUUGUUUAGACAUAGAAUAAACCUCUGCAUAAGCAUGAAUGUGAAGCAUGCACCUGAACCGUAGAUUUGAGCAAUGGCUCAAGCGUUUAAUUUUUAAUGCCAUUUUUUGGACAAAAAUGGUCUCUUGAAGUGAUUCACAUCUAUUGGUACAAUGUAGUGCUAUGAUAGGUACGGUACAUACGGGAAAUGAAAAUGAGGAAAAGACUGUAGUGUUAGGCUUGCAGAAUGAAAGACUGACAAGGGAAAGGAAGUAAAGAUACGAGGGAGAUCAGCUUGACAAGGCAGAAAAAGUAUCGUGAAUGCAUUUUUAUAUUCAGUUGGGGCCUGGCAGAUGCUUGCUGGAGAUUUUGCUUGGGUAGAAACAAUGAAACUAAACAGUGGUCCUUUAGGCUGUUGGGAGAGUGUCUCAUUUCUGUAGUCCAGGGCAUCUGACAGUGGCAGAAAGCAAGUUUCUCCUUUGGUCAAUGACUGGGGCUCUGCUGGUUUUUCUGUUGCAACAGUACUGUCCCUGGGAAGGAGAAUGCACCACCCUGGUAGAUCUUGCUACUUUGAUGCAUAGCAGUAGCCAGAAUGCCUUUCUCAAUUUUUUUACUUUGCCUUCUAUAGAAGCUAAUCUACACUGAAGAUUAAACUAGAUUGGAUGAAUUUUGGUUAAUUUUAUUUUUAUGCUGUAAGUGAUAUUUUAUGGUGCAACACCUAGCAAACACUAGUGAUCGUCUGUGAUUUCAGUGAUGGUUUAAUCGAUCAUGUCUUGUAUGUGAUAAUAUUAUAUUGGAGUAAUGACUUAGAAGGCUGAGAGUCCUUGAAGUAAAUUGAGAGCUACUUCAUUAUAGAAUAGAAGAGCCGAUGGGGGGGGGACCCAGAGCAGAUGGGGGGGACCCAGUUUUUUCCUGUUGUAUGUCAGAGUGAUAUUUGUAUCAAGUUAUUGCAACCAUAAACAAGGACCCUGGGUCACUGCAACUUUGUGUUGCUGCAUAUUCUAUCAUUUAGAACAUAGCAUUUCUUAGUUACUCAUUAGUAUAGUGGUAAGUAUCCCCUUCUGUCAUGUGGGAGACUGAGUGGUACAGCAAUAAAAUGGCUAGCACAUUUGCACAGCUAAGCAGGGUCUGGUAUGUCUUCAAAUUGGAUGGGGAACCAUGUGUUGAGAUUCCUGCAUCCAAGGGGGUUGGACUAGAUGGCCCUUGGGGUGCCUUCCAACUCUACGAUUCUGAUCCAUAGUGUCUGAUAAGGUCUAGCAAAGAGAGAAUGGUCAGGUGUAUUGACUACCACUUUGUUUCUGAGUUCAAUUCAAAGUGCUUGUGGUUUAAAAGGUCCAAAUGCAUAGUCCUACUGCAUUUGAACACGCCAGCAUUGGAGCUAUUGAACCUAUGAAAAACGAAAUAUAGUUCUGAAAUAUCAACACCUGUUCUGUACUUUUACCUUGAAAUAAACAACUAAGAUGUGUGCCAGCUGCCAGUGCUUAAUUUGGAAUGUAUUGCAGAAAAGAAGAGAGUUGAGAGCAAUAUUGGGGUUCAUAGUUUUUAUGACAUCAUUAUCUCUGUUUCUUAUUUUUCAGGCAUGAGUGCCAGUGCUUGUGUAGCUAAAAGGCACACUUGUGCACAAGAGGGAGGCUCCAAGGUUUAUAGAAAAGGGGAAAGGAUCCACAAAACAUGUAAAAACCCAGAUUUGUACUGUGUGCAUGUGUGUUCAAUUUCAAUUUAUAUCCACUUGUAUUCACCACCUUUACUCUCUACAUGUUACUGAAUUAUGUUUUUGAUUAAUUAGAAGUAAAUAUUAAAAGAUCAAAGAUUAAAUUUUAAUUUGUCCUUUAAAAAAACAAAAGGGAACUGGAGCUUGUUUUCAUGAACAUAUACUGUGCAGAAUGCCAUGUGUUUGUGUGUGGAGCUUAAACAGUUAUUCAGCCACCAUGAUUGAUGUGCCAUGUGGGCAGAUACCCAUUCUCUCCAUAAAUUUUCCUUGACUUGCCUCACUCUCCCCUCAUCUUUUCUUCACAGAGGUGAUGUGCAUACCUAGAUGGGCCCUUUGAUUCAUAUUAUUAUUAUUAUUAGUAGUAGUAGUAGUAGUAUUAGUAUAUAUAAAUGAAAAUGCAGUAUUUAAAAGAAAAGCUAGUAUAGAAAAAUAGGAGUAAAAACAUUACAUUCACAUUUGGCUUUGGAUUUUGUGAAUGGGCUUUGAUAUGCCAAUCAAUAAACAUUGUUCAACCCUGUCUAAAUUUUCCUUUCUUUGCCCAAGUUUGCCUAUGUCUCGUUUGGAUCUAAGCAUGUUGGUUUCCCAGUAAAUGUCUGGUUGCUUUCCAUUUGAUUUGGGGGAUCUAGAUAGUAUUCCCAGGUAGAUUUUUUUGGUAGGGAAGUUAGCUGCUUUUUCCUAAAGCUGAAAUGGUGAUUCCUUGCCACUGGAAAAAAUGCCAAACAUUUUUCUGUCUUGUGUGUCAGCUGCAAAUUGAACUGAGUGGAAACUGUUUUAUGAGAGAUACAUACACUUAUUAGUGUCUGUCAUAUCACUAGUCAUAGCCUCCCUGUCAAAAUACCUUCAUCCUUCCUUCCUUUCUACUUCCUUUUUGUUUGUUGGAUUCUGAAUGCUUCUGUGAUAUUUUCAGAUGAAGAAAUGCUUAUGCAACCCUUUAUCAAACAAAUUACCCACCCCAUGAGUUUUUCCUUUUUCUUGACUUCUGUUUUUGAGCCAUUUCAUGAGCCCCUUUUCUCCCCAGUUCACCUCGUUUAUGUUAUUUUAUUUUGAAUUUGGUUCUCUCUAUUCACAAUAUUGCAAACACAUUUCCUAUGAUUUAUUAAAGGAAAAACAUUGGAAAUAGUUCAUUUACAAGAUUUAUUUCUUCCCUAUACAGUCCCAGGUCUGCACUCACAAAAAUAAGACUAUAUGAUUAAGAGCAAUACAAUUCUAUAACACACAAAUCUGUACCCAAUUAAGCAUUUAGAGUUUGAGAUUCUGUUACUGCUGUUGAAUUCUCCCCUCUCCCCUUGUCAAAAAAAACCCCACGCUCACAUUCCUCUAUUUUAGCAGUAAAAAAUAAAUAAGGUUUUAAUUGGCUACUGGAGCUAUGGAAACUUGUGAACUAACACUGAGCACAUUUGACCUGCUUUAAGUUUCACAGUAUUCUCCUUUUUGUUGCAAACACUUGACCUUUGCAGGCUACAAAAUGUAGCAAGCUCACAAUGCCUUGUAGCCAAGCAGAAUCCUUUAAGAUAAAGAAAAGAAAGAGUGACUACAGUUAAUAGUGUAUUAAUAGUCAAGAUCUAUAUACCUGGAAGCCAGUUUGACAUAUAAUUGAACACGAAGUCUCUCUUUUGACAAAGCUUUGCAACAUCACCUUUCACCUCUCAUUGCCUCCCAUGUUGCUGUCUUCAGGCAGCAGCCAGUAGAAAUCAUCUGGAGUCUGCGGUGCUUACGUCACAGAGGGACUUUGGACCAUUGUCUCAUUGUCUCAUCAGGCUGAGCAGGUUCAAAGCCUUUCAUUCCUCAGAAAUGGAAGCAGCAAAUCUGGCACACUGGGAAUACCAAAGAAGGUGUACAGUAUUUGAUUAAUAAAGUACUCCAAUAGAAUGUCUUUUCCAGAGCUGCCAGCAUAAUGGUUUUUAAAGCAAAAUACUUCCAUCUAGCCUUAGAUUCAAAGCAAGUGAAAAGUAUAGGAUGCUCUGAAUUUUCACUACAGUAUAAAGCAUUCUAAAUAACCAAAUAUCCCCAUGCAUUGUUGCAAAUCAACAUCACAACAGGUUUGGGUGCAGGAUUGUGGUGGAAUAUUAACUAGUCAAGUGUGCAGCUGCUGACAUUUAAAUACAAGCAAUGUUGCUUGAGCAGCCCUGAGUUCAGUUGUAUUAUGUCUCCAUCAGAUAUGAUGAACAAAUAAAGCAGAAAAGAUCACAGGGAAUUUAGAAAGUGAUGCCAGCUCCGAAGAUGAAUGAAACAUGCUAAAACUCGACCUUCUUAUUAGCUCUUAAUCAUUAGAUAAGAUUUGUUCAUUCAUCACAGCAAUGCACACACUAUCCUAUGUAUUUACUCUCCUGUCCAAGGCAACAACCCAAGCAGGUUUAGAUGAGAAGGAAGGAUUAGCAACAAGCAGAAUUUGGGUAGGAUGGUGGGGGCGGGAGAUGGUUAAAAAAAUGGCUAAUCCCUGAACCGUCUGUUCUGAGAGAUGUCCUGUAUUAAAAUAUUCAGUAAAUUUCUUGGAAUUAUGAAUGGGAGAAACUGCUUUUUCAGUUUUGCUUCUCCUUCCACCCCCCACAACUGUGAACGGGUUUAUUAAAUUAAUGAAUUAAAGCCUGGAUCCUGGAAACUGGGAGAGGAAAGUCUCUCUCCUAAUUGCAUAUGAGUCUCUAAUAGUGCUGCUCAUUACUCAGCUUAUAACCAGGCCCUGUAGGUGAGUGGUUCCCAUGUCUAAGAAAUUGGCCAAUUGAUUGUCCCUGAGGGAGCAGGUAUCACACUUUGGGGAUCCUUCUGGAUCCAACUUUGUCACUGGAGGCCCAUGAUGUCUCAGUGGCUAGGAAUGCCUUUUAUCUGCUUCUGCUGGAACAAUAUCUAUGGCCGUUCUUGGACCGUGAAAGCUUGACCACAGAGUCUUUAGAGUCUUUAAAAAGGUCUUUAGAGGCUUUAGAGUCUUUAAAAAUUGGAUCACUGCAGUGCAGUCUGUACAGUCAGUGCACUUUGUCUGAAAACUACAGUUAGAGCAGAAUGCUGCAGCAUGAUCAGUGGGAAUGAGAUUCUGUCAGCAUAGAACACCCAUGGCCCUGGGCCAAAUUCAAGGUGCUACUAUUAGUAACACCCGUAACAGCUUGGGACCAGUUUACCUUGCUCAUCCACUCAACAGCUUCAACCUGUGUAACUGGCACUUUUGCAAAUGCCGUAUAAUGUUGAGUUUCCUGCAUUGCAGGGGGUUGGACUAGAUUACCAUUGGGGUCCCUUCCAAUUCUAUUAUUCUUUUGUAAGUAAUUGAUCCGUCAGUGUGGCAGCACCUGUUGUCUGGAGCUCCCUGCAGAUUAAUAUUAAGCAGGUGCCUUUACUGUACAUUUUUAAAGGCUUGCAAAAACAAGAAAUUGUUUAGGCAAGUCUACCCCGAUGUGCUAUUUUGACGUUUGUACAUUGAUAAAUUUUAUUUUGUCAACUUGGUUUUUUUAAGGUUGCUUAAAGUUUGAUUUGUAUUUUAAUGACCAUUUUAUAUUGUUUUUAUGCAAACCAAUUGUAAACUUUGCCUAUUAAGAAGUUAAUACUGUAAAUGUUGUCAAAUAAAAAUAAAUCCAGCGGGAGUGAAGAGAUCAUUUCAAAGCCACCUUAAAUUUUCCAAGUCUUCUAUAGUCUUUUUAAAUCUCUUACGCCCUCGGCUGGUUCCAUCAUUUGUGAUAAAUCAUGCAAUUACAAACACAUUUGAUAUGCAUAAUUUCUCAAGUUGUAUUUAGAACUGUAGUAAACAUCCAUUAAGCUGCCAACUGUGCAAUUUUCCUUUAUGCAAAAGUUUGCAAACAAUUUGAAAAGCCAACCAUAUAGUUGGCAUUAACAACUGCUGUUCUUUCAGCAAGGAUGGAAAAGGUGGAGCAAUGCACUGUGGGGGUAGUUAUUACCCUUUUUAAAAAAUAAUACACACAAAAACAAAGGACUAUAAUGUGACCUGUUUGAAGCAAGGGAUGGCGCCUUGUUGGUAGUUUACAGAAAUGUAAGAAUUAGCCUGCCUUCUCUGCCAACAUAAGCAUACCCAAGCUAUAUGUGUUGUGAUUCUGCAAAGUGAGUGUAGAAAUUGAUUAAAAAGUCAGAUUCCUGUGAAACUUGAUAUUAUUAUUUCCUUCUUUAUUUAUUUAUUUCAUCUAAGAAAGAAAAAGGGAAAAGGGGUUAUGCUAAUUUGAAAAUGCUGACCUGGGUUUUAUGUACUUGAAGAAAGACGGAAACACAGUGGUUGUGGGUGUUGGCUCUUGUGCCAUGUGUGGCUCCUGCCUUCUUAAUUUCUUGGUAGAAGCAGAAUAAAUUAUGCAAAGUAUCACAAAUAUGCAUAUGCAGUUUGCAGAACUCAGCAUUUCUAUAUGUUGAAUGUUGGUGUUCAGUAGUAGUACACGUUGUUGUUGUCGUUUAGUCAUGCUUAACUCUUCGUGACCUCAUGGACCAGAGCACGCCAGGCACUCCUGUCUUCCACUGCCUCCCGCACUUUGGUCAAACUCAUGGAGCACACGGAAGUCUGCCUAAAAUGGAGCAGGAAAUAGGAUGAGAGAUAUCAAGGUACAUUCGCUGUUCUAAAAGUAGGAAUAAUUCAACACUUUGAGCGCAUAUUGGGCAUUGUGCGGCUCCUGAAGCUUCCAGUCUUAGGUCUUUGCCCAUAUUAACAGGCAUUCCUGGAAGACACUGAUUUUAUCUAGACCAGGCAUCCCCAACCUGUGGCCCUCCAGAUGUUUUGGCCUACAACUCCCAUGAUCCCUAGCUAACACAACCAGUGGUCAGGGAUGAUGGGAAUUGUAAUCCAAAACAUCUGGAGGGCCGAAGGUUGGGAAUGCCUGAUCUAGACCUUUUUCAGUCUGGGUUUGUGGACUGAACUGUCCUUUGCUCUGGUGGAUGACCUUUAUUGAAAGAGAGAGGGUACGUGUGACCCUGCUUCCUCUUGUUUGAUCUCUCUGUGGCUUUUGACACCAUCAACAUGGUAUCCAGACUAACUCCAUGGGAUGGGCAUCAGGGGUGCUAUACUCCAGCGGAGUUAUUUUGCAAACUAGUGUUGAGGGAUGCUAUUCGGCUCUCUGACAAUUUUGUCAUGGGGUGCCACAAGUAACUAUAUUGCCACCAAAGCUGUUUAGCAUUGAGAGUGGUCAUUAGGGGAUUUGGAGUGAGAUGCUACCAGUAUCUAUUUCUCCACUGCAUGUGAGUCGGGUAUAUUUUUGCAAGCCUUAGACUGGAGAGGUCAGUUAUGCAUUCUGAAUGUGGUCGCACUUGUCUAUAGAAGUAGGUGCAUAGACUGGAAAUGCACCAGGAUUCAUCUUUUUCUCUAGAGGCCCAGGUGAUCUCAGUGCCUAGGGAGGCCUUUCACCAGCUCUGGCUUAUAGCUACAACCAUUCCUGGACAGAGAUAACUUGGCCAUGGUAAUCCAGGCACUAGUGGCCUCAGUGAUUGAUUGCUGUAGCAGUGGCUCCAGUGUUCUUUUCCUGACUGAACAUCUCCUGCCCUGAAGUCAUCAUUAGCCCCUCUGUGGAAAAUGUUGGUACCUGUUUUCUGCACUGUUUCCCAGUAGGGCUAAUCACAGCUUCAGGUGCAGAGGAGAUUUAGACCAGAAAAAUAGUGCAGGGGGAAAAGGUUAAACUCCAUCUCACUAGCAUGCUGUUCUGAUCAAAACUGGAGCCCCUCUCGCCACAGAAUGCAAAAAUAAAUAUUGUCAAGAAUAUUGCAUUUCUGUAUCAUAUCACAGUUCUUUGGGCUUAAGAUGCAUUGUAAACAAUGAAAGUCUUGUAGUGUCAUGCCAACAUAUUGUCAGUCUAUUUAAUUGGGCUUUGCAGCUUGUCAUAUCUGAAGCAGAGUUUAUUUCUAACUAAUUAAAACCCAGGUUAUUUCAUAUGAAUAGAAUGAUACAAAAGAGGAGUAAUUAUAAUAACCAAGGUAUCCUGGCUCAGUCAGUCAUCAUGUUUUAUUUAUUCUAGAAGUGAUUAAAAUAUUUAGAGAACAAAUAUUUAGCAUGAAGCAAAUAACUGUAUGUGAGAGAGAAAUGUUUUAUAUUUGUUGCGUCCUUUCAUUACUCCUUUACCUGCUCAGCAAAUGAUUGUGGCUAAAAUAAACAUAAAAAGCUGAUACUAGAACUUAUUUUUAGUGUAGAUUUCAAUAUAAAUCCAGCAUUCAUCUUUGCUGUUUCUGCAUGUAUUUAGACUAAAUUAACGAUGCACCCACAGUUCAUAUAGCAACUCUACAUCUGCUCACCAAGCACAAAAUGACCUGAAGAUUGUUAACUCCUCAAAGAAAGAGAUAUUGGGCUGAAUAAGACAAAAUGUUUGUUGUAGCUUUUAAUGCAUUGCUAUACCGACUAAAUUGUUCACCAGUAAUUCAAUUAACGUUUCACAUGUUCAGGACUGUUUAGAAAGGAGUAGAGGGGAGAGAGAAGAUGAUGGCCAAGCUAGAGGAUACAUAAAAUAUCUCUGCCUUAACAUACAUGACUUCUAACAGAAAAAGGACUUGAUCCUGCUGCCUGUCUUGUGGGAAGGGGGUAUUUAGCCCCCUUUGCCCCACUCUGGUGCUGAUCUGGAGAAGACCUUUGGAACCUGCAAUUUGCUCAGGAAAGCAUCCCAUUUUCAAAUCAAACUGAAGCUGGUUUGGGAAAAACUCAGGAAAACACAAUAUUUAUCAAGCUGCAGGAUAAAUGUGGAUUAUGGCUAAUGUUGUGUGUGCAUGGCUUCACAAAAUAGAGAUGGGAGUACACUGGAUGCAAAUUUAAAUAGGGUGCAUGUACACAGCCUAAGUUAGACCUGUUAAUUUCAGUAGGUUUACUCUGAGUAAAACGUAGUUGAAUACCACCAGAUAUGUAUACAUACAGAUGUGCACUUCAGACUCAUUUUAGGAACAUGUCUAACUACCAACACAUGCCCAUUAUGACUUUUUGUUUGAUCUUUUUCUUGGAAUGGUAACCUCCCUCUACUCUGUAUUGCCAUAUUGCAAAGUGCUUUAAAAUUUCUACAAAUUUCAAAACAGGAUUUGCAUGUUUAAUGGGAGGCUGGUUGUUUCUUAAAACCAUGUGUAGCCCUGAUUGCAUGAUAGAAUUUAAUUAUGCAGGUUUCUAUAUUGUGAGAUGAGCUGUGGGUACUAUUUCAAUGUUUGGCUUUAACAUUUCAGUUUGAAAAAUUGUAAAAAAUUCUGUUGUGAUAACUUAUUUAAAAAAGAAAAACCAAUAAAAUAUCCCAUCAAAACAUAAGCAUUUAGAAUUACUCAGUUAUAUAAGACUACUACAAGUUCAAUCUAUCAUUUCCUUUAUGCAUUCAUAAAUACUAAUAUCUGAAUCUUAGGGCUUUGGCUAGCCCUAAUUUGAAUAUUCAACUAAAAUUUAGCUGCACAUAAUCCAUGAAGUGUGCUAAUGAAUUAAUGAAUUAUUAAUGCUAAUUGGUUUUCCCAGUGUGGUAAAAGCUUUUGGUGUGUUUUUUAAAUUAAAAAAAACCACCCAAACCCAAUCUGGCAGAUCUUACUCCCACCUCAGUUUAAUUUAACACUGCGUGGUAUGGAUUACAGGCUAAGAAGCUCAUUAAUCCAAUUGAACCAAAUAAAUGAAGGCUGAUUUAUGAUUGCCUGCCUACUUUAAACAUAGUGAUUAGAUGGCUAAAUAGCAUUUUGUGGUCAGGCAUGUAAACUGCAGUAGUCAGGCAUAGUUAGCCGAUGUUACCUGCACCAGAUUACAUGGACAUGUUAAUUGUUGGCAUCUGUUUGUUUUGGGAGACAAUGGAAGAGUGUGCCUUUAUGGGUGAAGUCAAACCUUUGGAGAGUUACAGCACCUGGUGUGGCUGUAGAGACCAAUACAGGAGAGACAGGUUUUGCAGCUGUGGCAGAUGAAGGAGUCUGGUUUUUGCUGCUACAGGUGCGCCAUGGCACUUCUUGUCUCUGCACUCCUCCCAGAGGUAAUUUCUCCUUUAGUCACUGCUAUGGGUAAAUGACCUGACUGACUGUCUCCAUUAUAGGACUGUGAAAUCCAACUAUCCCAGGAAUAGGGUUUUAUCAGUUCCAGCCCCGAGGAAGCAUCUGUAAAUAUGUGCCAGUGGACAUGAUCCUUCACUUUUAGAGAAGUGUAAGGCCUUUUAUUUAAAUUAGUUUUGGGGUUGAAUAGUAAUUAACUGUGCCUGUUUGAUCUGCUGCAGUGCAUAUUUGUUAUGACACAUCAUGGCUUUUUUUACUUUUGUUAAAAUUUGUAUGCCACCUCUGUCAUUAAGAGGAAGUGUGAUGAAAAUCAAUGAAUAAAUAAAAUCUGUUCUAAGGAGAGUGAAACCCUGUGAAACAGCCCAGAACAGAGGGAUUUGAUUAAUCUGGUCCGAAGGGCACAUGCUGCUGAUCACAGGAUAUAAACGACACUAUAUUAAGAGACAGUGUAAUUAAGAUAUUUUGCAUAGAAAUUUGGAAGUAUGCCUGGCUCUAUGCCUUGCAAGAUAUGUAUGUGUUUUAUUGACAAAGCUUUUAUGUGGUGAUGAGACCUGCUGUGCUAGAGAGAUGGACAUGAAACAUUUACUUAUUCACAGCUUCACAAUGCAGUGAGGAUUGACAUGCAGCUGAAAGGUCAAGGAGAUUCUCUGAAAUUAAUUUUCUUCUAGGUUAGCGUACUGCUGCUAUUGUUUAUUUGCUUGUGCCAGUGUUGCUGUCCUUGGUACCAAAGUGCAUAUUUCAUGCAUUUAGCUGUAUAAUUAUUUAGUUUGUACUUCAUUCCUGCAAGAUACAACCUUGUUGUAAGCAUGAUAUUGGUUAUUUCAUUGUGCAACAUAGAAUCAUAGGAUUGUAGAGUUGGAAGGAACACCAGGGUCAUCUAGUCCAACCCCCUCCAAUGCAAGAAUCUUCUACCCAACAUGAGACUCAAAUCCACGAUCCUGAGAGUCUCAUUCUCUGUUGACUGAGCUAUCCCAGCUGCCUAACAGUUUAAAUACAAAAUGAUACAUUGUACUGAAUCAUCACUUCCUUUGUAAUACAACCCUGCAGGUUUGUCAAUCUCCAACUUGUGUAUCUGGUCAAUUUCCCAGAAUUCUCUUGGGGAAUUAUUUGACUGAUGGUGAUUCUCUCUGCCAGAAUAGGAAGCUGGCCUUCACUAUUGACUUUUAAAUCAAGCACCUUGGUUUACUGCAGAGCAGGAUGAAACUUGCAAGAAAAAUUGUGCUGAAUUAGAUAGGACAUGUUAGAAAGCCCAUUUUUAGGCAAUGAGGUGGUAGACUCAAGGAUACAAAUAAAAGCAUAUUUGUUAAGGGAAAAUUUAUGAUUAAAAUGCUUUGUACAGAAAUGUAGAUGUCUGUCACACUCUAUGAUGUAUGCUAGCUGUGUGUGUUUUCUGAAAAAGCCAGGUUCUUUUUGACUACCAUUGAAUCAAUGGUGUCCCAUCCAAUAGAAUAGUUAUGGGUCAAGAAUGGCUUGCUACAGUUUAGGCUAUCCAACUCUGAUGAAGCAGUGCAUUUGUUGUGAUGUGUUUUUUUUAAUUACUUUGAUAAAAUUUCAUCCAGGCCUACUUGGCAGAUAAAAAGGGGACUUCUGUCUAAGAUGUCGAUGGUACCAGGUUUUUUGUACUUGCUUUGAGUCAAUUGCACCUCAAGAACAUUGGCCCAUGCUUGUGUCUAAGAGAAGUGUCACGUGUUUGCUUGCUACUGACUGAUAAAGGCAAGUUGGGGUUGGCUGGGGAAGUAUUUGCAUGAGCUUGUCAGACCUGUGUCUUUUUAUGAGGGAAACUUGCUGUUUUCUCAUAAGAACAGGAACUAACUUCUUGUUUAAAAUAUGUCAUCCUGGCACUCUCAAAGUGACCCAUAUUACCCUUCCCUUUCCUGUGCAUGUCUUCUGUCUAAGGUACAUUUGGCUGGGAUGUGGUCUCUGCCCUCAGACAUCCAUCUGGUUUCCUCAUUGCUAUAAUUUUAUCUCUUACAUACUUCUUUUAAAUUCUGGAAGGCAUUCCAUUUGCUUGACAUAUUGUAUGUCCAGUGUUAUUGAUGAUCUGGCACCUUGACUUAGUUCUGUGUUUUAAAGUUUUGUCCUUUUCUUUUUAAAAUGUAGGGGAUUUAUUUUGGUCUGUUUUGUUUUGUAGAUGACGUGGACUUUUCCAAGAAGAGAAGCAGAAUAGAAAUCCAUUUGUUUUGUUUUUUUAUGCUGAAUUUUAUUUAUUUUAAAUUACUGGGUAGAGACUCUAAUUUGAAAACAUAGCCUUUCAUAAAUGGUGGUUUUUGUUUGAAGGAAUGUGCUGAGGCUAAAAUACAGGAAAGUAUAAAGGGACUAGAUUGCACUCAAUUAAACUAAUGGGGAAGCAGGAGAGACCUGUCUGGUGCUGAAACUACUGUAAUAUGGUCAGUGCAUCUCGGUUUCAUAGCAUUUCUUUAUUCUGAGCCUUUGCCAUUUAUAUCUUCAUGAGGGAAAGGUCAAUGGCAAAUUUAAUCUGGCCAUACGCUGGGCACAAGUUUUAGAACUGAAUUCUCAGUUUCGUACCACCUUCUUGUUGUAGACAUUGUGCCAGAGACAAUGUGAUGUGGCCUGGCUGAAAGAAUCAGGUGUUUGUUGUUGGUGUUCGUUUUGUGUUGUGAUGUUUUUUGUUACCAUCUGUCAACUCACUUUUAGGGUUUGCUUAUUUCAGUAGGCUCCAUUAUGAAGGCUGCUCAAGAGCCAUUGUGCAUAAAUUAUUCUGCUUGAAAGUCACUUUCUGCAGAGCCUUAUUUUCUUUGGUACUGGGUUAGAGAAUCUGCACACAAUGUGUUUGAACCACGUGAAAAGAAGUUUUUAUGUUACAACCAGUGUGUGGGGCACUCUCAUGUGGAAGCAAUAUUUAAUGGUUCUCACCUAGGAAAUAGUACACUAGAAAUCUUUAUUUCUAUUUUCUUCUGAAAAGGGAGAGGGAAGAGGUUCUGAAAUAACUGAGACUGUUUAACUAUGCAAUAUCUGCAUUCCAUUCUUCAUAGGUAAACAAGAUAACAGACUGCUGCACUUACAAAAAAUGAGAUUUUUAAGGCUGUCAAAUUAUAGCCAAGCACAUAUCCCAUAUGGAGCAGGGAACACACACAGUCCUGGGUUUAGAUUUAUAUAAUACCGCAGAAAAUGAAAAAGAAAUGCUUGUAAAUAGUAUUGAAUGAUAAUGGAGCCAUGAGAAAAAUCAAUUCAUUUCUUUAAAGUGCUCUGCUUGCAUCACAAAUCUGAAGUGGACCUUUUAAAUAUUUAUAAAAACUGUGUUGGCUAUAAAAAGUAUGUCAAUCUAGCUUUGAAAAAAACAACAGCAGCAGUUUUUAUAUAAACAAUUAAGCAACUACUCUGUUAUAUAUUUUUAAACCUAUUUUCUUUCCCCAUGACCUCAAUAUUGCAAUGCUGAUCCCUCUGAUAAAUGGCUGGAUGAAUACAUUUUUAGGCAUGUCUUGGGAAUGGAGCAACUUGUCUGCUUUGUAGAUUGAUACGUAGUAUAAAUAAAUUAUCCUUAACCUCUGACAACUGCAGGUGAAACCAGACUUUGAUUUUGAAGUGGGUUUUAGUAGACACUCUCUGUAUUCCAAGGCAUUUUGUGUUUAGCUUGCAGAAUGUAUGGUCUUAAUGUGACUUACUGUGUCUCACUGGACAUUUGGAUCACAUGUUUAGGUUUUUCCGCAGGCUGUGACUAGACAUUACAGCGCUGAGGAAUUCUGGUUUUCAGCAGCAGUGGUGAAUCUCCUCCUUUAACUUGUGGCCUGGUUUGCACAGGAUGGUAAACCAUAGUUCCUUCCCUGCCCCAAACUGUGCCACAUAGAACAAGACACAAGUCAGAAUCUUAUGGUUUGUUUCCUCCAGACAAACUGCGAGUUGUAAGCCAAUGUUUAUGCUUGUGGUUUGUUUGGAGGAACCAAACCACAAACCAGGUUCACACAUCAUGACAAGCCAGAUGGUGGCUUGUUUUGGGGUUGUUUCCUCUCCUCUAUGGUCGUGUUGGGAGUUGGGAAGAGCAAAUCUCUUGAAUGCGUUAAACUAUAGCUUAUUUUCAACCAAGGUCUUAAUGUUGCAUCAGAAUGUAGCCAGUUUCUAGUAAUACAAAACAUGUGAUAGGACAUUACUAUAAAAAAAUUUGAACCAAAUCUGGCUCAUCCUUUUAAAUACAUUCUGUACAGCUUCCUUAAUUAAAGACAGCGAUGGAGUUGUUUCUCUAUUCUGCCUCUAUUUUUAGUUUCUGGUUGUUUCAUUAUUCUGUCUAUGAAGAGACAAUUCUUUUUGAAAAAGGUGUAUUGAGUCUAGGGGUGGGGGAGUGUAGCCCAGUUGCAACAUCAGAUCAGAUCUCCCUGAUUCAAAUUGUAAUCCCCCUGCACAGUCAUUUGCCCUUUUAAAAACACAGGGAAAUCCUAUCACAGAUAUCCUGAUACCACAAAGCUGUACUUUUGAUAUGAAAAUUAGUCUCCACCUCACCACCUUAUAUGUAAUAGGGUAGGCGCAUGAUGAAAUGGCAUGAUCGUCACAGUCAUGUGUUUUGCCUUUAGGCAAUUCCUGCUGCAGUUCCUUCAGUUCUUUAGGCAAUUCCUUGUGAUAUCAUGAGAUGUGUGAUAGAAUCUGUAAAGUGCUCUUCCAGCAAUAUUUUAAAAAGGACAAAACCUACUCUACUGAACUAAAAGGUAGCAAACAGGCCAGAGAUCUUAUUAUAGUAUGAUCCCAAUUAAAUCAACCCAAAGGCUGGAUAAACUAAAAUGCCUUAGCCUGGCAUCUUAAAGCCAGCAGUGAUAGUACCAGGUGUGCUUCCCUAGGGACAGCUUUCCACACGUCGUGUUUCUCGCAAUGUGACCUUCUGCACAUCCCUUGGAGGGGGCACUCUGUCUCUAAUGAAUGCAGGAUCCAGGUAGGUUUAUAUGGACAAAGAUUUUCCCUGAGGUGUUGGGGUCCUGAGCUUCAUAAAUCUCUAUAGGCCCAAACCAGCAGUUUAAACUGAACCUGGAAACUAAAUGAUUAUCCUGCUUAGCAGCGUCAUACUGCAUACACAGUUAACACUAACUGUUUCUUUCUAAAGCUUCUGUUGCAAAGCAUCCCAAAGAGGGCAUUCCCUGGACUAUAUGCAGUGGCUACUGCCUUAUACUACCUGGCUUGAGCUACUCAUGAGAAACUGCCUACCUUCGGAAAAUGCAAAAGUCACCAUGUGCAGUUGUCCCUUGAACAAACUUGAGUUACUGUUUCCUUAUUCUAUUUUAAAAUGAGUCAUUGUUGGGAGAACCAGUGCCUUUACCAUAUUUGCCAUCCAUUGCUGUGGUCACUUUUUGUAACACACAAGCAAAAUGCUCUGUUUCUGAACAGUGGUGGUGCUGUGUUCCUCUAUUUGAACUAACCCUCCAAUGUUGUGAACUUUUCCAUCCCUUGCAUAUGUGAUCUGAAAGGGUGGUCCUUUUGCUGUGCUGUAGAGUGCUUUUAAAAUUGCUGUGCUAAUUUUUCUGGACUGGCUUUUGUGCUGUUUCCGCAGAGACACGAGGAGUGAAUUUGCCCUUUUCAAAAUGGCUAUUUCUCGUGUUUUUAUGGGAGUAGAGCAAAACUGUCUUCCCUCCCUAAAACUGGGUUUUUGAUAAAUUUGGAUUGCCUCGCCAUCUCUGUGGCUUUGUGAAAGGUUAAGUCCUCCAUUAGCUUCACUAUUCAAUAAACCUCUUUGCCUAGAAUCCCAAGCACUAGUCUUUCUCCCUAGUGCUCCUUUUUAUCAGUAAACUGAGUUUGUACGAGCUUGUUUGUACGAGACUCUUUACAAAUGGUUCUGCUUUCUUCAGGUUUCUGAGCAGUCCUUCUCAUAAACCACAUUUUCUUCUUUGAGUUGAAAUGGACAUAAAACUUGCCCAAAAUAGCUUUGGCUGCUUUGGUGCCUGUUGUUGGAGGUUUGCAGAUAGACUAAAGAUGUUGCACAGGUCUGAUGUUCUGAACUGGUGUAAUGCUUUUGUUGUGUUUUGGCAUAGUCCCUAUUACAGUCAAGAAUGGGUGGGAUGCAAGCAUGAUAAAUAUUCCAUUAACCCCCAUUAUUCCUACUUUGCUCAGGAAUGUUGUAAUUAGGACUUGUUCUUGUUGCAAUGCUGAAAAUUAAAUGUUCCCUUUGGGUUAGUCCCACUGUGGAAAUGCCAAUGAUAAAGUUGACUUUAACAAUUCUUCAGAGGUUUUUAAAAUUAUUAUUUCCCAGACAAUUUCUUCCUUCCUGAUAGUAGCACUUGUAAAAAUCCCAUGGUAAAGUGAUCAACCGCAUGCAACAAAGUGGAGGUGUGAUUGCUAGAAUGUAGGUGGAAGAAAACUUGGAACAAAGCCAACACAAUUUGGAAAUGAUCAAAGUCUACUUGAUGCAAUCAGUGGUGCUGUGAGGGUACAACAGGAAGCUCCCUAAAUGCAGCAGAGGUGGGGUAUAUUUUGAAGUAAGUUAAUACUGCCACCUAAAGAGGCCUCUCCCUGUAAGACCCUUAAAUAAUGAGUCUGAAAUCUCUCUAACUGCACCAUUGUGUGUAGUGAUGGCAUCAAAAUGUACAUGCUGUAUUUUCCCACAUCAUUGUCUCUGCAGUGUCAGUAAGUUGAGCUAAUUUGGAUAAUACCUGGCUUUAAUAGCUAUUGAGCCAUUAUUUGUUAAUGCUGAUUAUUCCAUAGUUCACAAUGACAUGUUUGUAAAACAUUCAUUGGAUAAAUUAUUUCAGAGCAGUGUACUGUAUGCAGUUUCUGUAUCUAAGGUGUCCUGAACCUCUUGGCUAUUGGUUAGAGAAGUCAGUACCUGUAGCUUGAAAAUAUGGAUCAAAUCCUUUGAGCUGAAUGGCCAGCCAGUGAUCUUGACCUUUAGACUUUUGUUCUUCAUAGAUAAAUCUAACCAGACUGCUGUCAAUUGUCCCCCUUCCCCCUUAAAAAAUUAAGUAGUUUUGGGGGGGAAGUGUGUCCCUAUUGUUCAGUUUCAAAUCUUUCCUUUCUCAAGUAAGCUGUUAGAAUGAGGUGGUAGCUAACCAUUUCUAGGGUCUCUUUGAUAAGGCUGGCGUAUCUGGGUCCACUUUAAUCUAAUUUCAGAUCUGAUUUUGAGAGGGAAACCAGAAGAAAUGGGAGUGUUGGCUUGCACCUGAAUUUGUAGACUUCUCAGUGGCAUUUCCAGAUAACUUAUUUGGGUUGCACCUUUGCUCUGAAUAAGAUCUGUUGUGAAGUUGCUUACUUCUUGAAAAGAAGUGGUGUUACCUGCAUGUUUAGUUGGCUUCUGUUUCAGCCUCAAAUGUUAAAAAUGAUUUUCAUGUGCCUCUCCUAAGUGACAGAUUGUUCCUCCUUUGAUUUACAGAAGCUUGGUGGAGUCUCUUCCAUUGCUAAUGAAUAUAUUGUGAUAUUUUAUUUGUUUACUUCUCUUCAAACUGCAACUUUUCCUCACUUCAGUGAACAAAAAGAUCAAAAGAGUAUUUUCCCCCUUUUUCUUUUAGCUGUCUCCGUAAUGAGGUACAGUGCUUCAUCAUUUGGAUUUGCUGUAAGUAGUCUCUUAACUGAAAUGUACAUUGCACAACUCACUGGUCCUGAAUGGGGUUACUGUGCCCCUGAAGGACCAGGUGCGCAACCUGGGAGUCAUUUUGGACUCACACCUGUCCAUGGAGGCGCAGGUUAAUUCUGUGUCCAGGGCGGCUGUUUACCAGCUCCAUUUGGUACACAGGCUGAGACCCUACCUACCCCACGGACUGUCUCGCCAGAGUGGUGCAUGCUCUAGUUAUCUCCUGCUUGAACUACUGCAAUGCACUCUACGUGGGGCUACCUUUGAAGGUGAUCCAGAAACUGCAAUUAAUCCAGAAUGUGGUAGCUAGACUGGUGAUUGGGAGUGGGCGCCGGGACCAUAUAAAACCGGUCCUGAGAGAUCUACAUUGGCUCCCAAUAUGUUUCCGAGCACAAUUCAAAGUGUUGUUCUGACCUUUAAAGCCCUAAACAGCCUCGGUCCUCUAUACCUGAAGAAGCGUCUCCACCCCCAUUGUUCAGCCUGGACACUGAGAUCCAGUGCCGAGGGCCUUCUGGCAGUUCCCUCAGUGUGAGAAGUGAGGUUACAGGGAACCAGACAGAGGGCCUUAUUGGUAGUGGCGCCCGCCAUGUGGAAUGCCCUCCCAUCAGAUGUCAAGGAAAUAAGCAGCUAUCCUAUUUUUAAAAGACACCUGAAGGCAGCCCUGUUUAGGGAAGUUUUUAAUAUUUAAUGCUGUAUUGUUUUAACACUCAAUUGGGAGUGUUCUCCACAAGUAGGACCAUGGGGAAAGCAGCCCCCUCCUCUUCUUUCCAGUAACUGAUGUUCAGAGACAAGCUGCCUCUCAAUCUGGAUGCAAAACGCUUCCACCAUGUUUGGUAUCCAUAUGCACCCUACCCAUAAACUAUCCUCUUGUGGAUGCUCAAAUUGUAGCCAAAUUAAUAAGAAGUCUACAUUCACAUUCCUCUUCCUUUUUACAUAAAUAUCAUCGUGCUUGUCAAGCAGGAUGUAGAAAGAUCAGUAAGCAUUUAACAACUUAUUUUGUGGUAGGGGUAUCUUGUAGUAAACUGGUAGGGAACAACUGUAUAAGUUCCUUUCACUUUCUUGACUGACACAAUAAAGGCUGCAUUCACACUACCCAUUUAAAGCACAAACCCUCCUCCCAGGAAUCCUGGGAACUGUAGUUUAAGAGUUCUGGGAAUUGUUUCUCUGUGAGUGAAAACUACAUUUCCCAGGAUUCUUGGGGCAGGGGAAUGUGCUUUAAGAGGACUUUAGAUGUGUGGUGUGCAUGCAGCUGAAAGUCUGUCAUGUCUUUUGUUUGCGGCACAAAGGAUGAGCUUGUUGUAAUCUGUGCUUAUCCCUGCUUUUAUUCAAAUGAUUUAUACUAAGUUAGUCUACAGGCUUGUGGCACAGUUAGCAGUGUAUUGAUUUAAGCAUGGCUUGCCUUAAUGGCUUCUGUAUCUUUUCCAGUUUGAUGCCACUUUGGAUGUGCUGUCGUCGGUGAUAGUUCUGUGGCGCUACAGCAAUGCAGCUGCAGUACAUUCAGCGCACAGAGAAUACAUGUGAGUACUUGUGGUUAUUUUUAGCACUUAUCAAAGUCUGAGAUGAUAAAGGGCAGGGGGGGGGAUAUCUGCUUUCUCUGGGCAGUUUCCUCUUUAUGUUCUCCUAGCAACAUAAUAGCCAUACUGAUAUGAGCCUUCUUGCUCUUAUACAGCUGACUACAAAGUCUUAUUUAUUUAAACCUUUUUAUCCUGCCUUUCACAACGAGUUUCUAGGUGGUGUGCAACAAAAUUUAAAAUAGGUACACAACACAUUGAAAUGAUAACCCAGGGCAGGAUUAAUAACCCACUGGAAUUAAGUAUCUGUAACAACCUAGGAGCAGAAAUAUGUUUUCAGUAAGCUCGAGCUCAAGGGUUGUGUGCCAUUCCAUAGAGAGGUUGUAGAUGUUAAACAGCAUGGGGGAUACAAUUGAAUUCUGUGGAUCCAUGGAAGUUUUUGUUUUUUAAAAAAGGGGUGGUCUUACCACUGUCUCCUUGAGCAGGCAGGGAACAUCCCCUCUCACCAGGAGUUGUUAAUCACCUCCCUGGCCUAGAAGCUUGUUUUUAUAAGCAGUGAGGUUCAAGUGUGCAAGUGGUUACCUAGACUGAAUCAAACACCUUCCAGAUGUCCUCAAGCCUUAUUAACUGAAACACAACAUGCCUAGACAGUGCCCUGGACACCUUUUGAUACUGUAACGGUAGAGGCAAGGUCCUGGCAGAGGCAAGGUCCUGGCAGAGGCAAGCAAUUUUAUCCUCAAAAUGCUUUCCGAACAAGUUUCAGCAAGAUACUAUCAGUUCCACCAUCUCAUUUGGGCCAGACUGUAAAAGGCCCCAAACUACCUGGGAAAACUCUGAGGGGUGGUACAAUGAGGUUGCAAUGGAGGCAGAAAAAUAGGUCUCCCUUGCUGCCUUUACUGACCACUUAGGCUUGAUAAUGAGCACUCACCAUUCAUCUGUGUUCAAGUCAUUUCCUGGUGUGUUUCAUUGCCCAAAGCUCUGGUGUAUAGCAAGGAGUCAAUGGGCUCCAAAAAGUGGCAGAGCAAGCUCAGGGACUACCAGGUCAAUGACUUGUGCUAUUUGCAUAUUUCACAAAUCUGCCAGAGCUUCAACAGGAGUGCCAGUCACAUCGGCUCUAACUCCCUGCCAGCCACCUGGAAGCCAAUUGAAUCCAUCAUAAUCUAAGGGCAGAUCAUCCUGAUAGGUCCCUCAUCUUCAGAAGGGAAAAGGUGCUGAAAGCUUAAAACUCAGCAGGAGGUGAUCCAGCUAUGACUAGGGACUGAUGUCAAUAUCUCCCACUUUCCAAUAACCCUCUUCCUGCCCAAGAAAGAAAACGGAGGCCAGAGUCUCUCCUGCCACAUGUUGGCACAGCCCCAUGACUUAUCUUUUCGUUGUUGCAGUGCUGUGAGAGUCUAAUGACAACUUAAGCACCAAAUACCAUAUUUUUCAGUGUAUAAGACUCGGUUUUUUAACCAAAAAAAUAGGUUUAACAUUGGGGUUCGUCUUAUACACGGGUAUUGCUGAGGGGUGUUUUCUUAAUUUGGAGUCCCCCAAAAUAGGGGGCGACUUAUACAUGGAAAAAUACGGUACUUUUUUGAAAAUAGAGUACAGAACUAAUUAAUACUGUUAAAUCAGUCUGUAACUGGGAGCCUUGUGACACAUUGAAGAUUAACACACCUAUUAUAGCAUAAACUUUUUGGAUCACAGUCCACUUCAUUAGAUGUGCUGUGGGCUUGAGUCCAUGAAAACUUAUACCAUAACAAAUUUAUUACUCUUUAAGGAGCCGCAAGGCUCUUUGUUAUUUUUGUUAUGAUGGACUAACAUGCUAUGCCCUUUGAAAUGAAUUUUUACUGUUAUUGGAAAACUCAUCAAAAUCCCUGUCACGUAUUAAAUUAACUCACAGUACUCUGAUAAACACAAAGAAGCAUUCAGGAUUUCGAAAAACAGAUGAUUAUACAGUAUGUAUAAGCGUGAUGACCAGCUGUUCACUGCCUUUUGCUUAAUGUAGUUUACUCUAACCAAGGACAUAGCAAUAGAAUUUUUAAAGCACGAGAACUGCACAUGGGGUGAAGAUCUUUUCUUGUCUACUUGAUCAUUGGCAUUAACCAACAAUUUUCAGUUUGUUUUGUAAGAAAGAAAGACAAAUGCUGCAUGGAUAUUAAAUCAUCCGUUAUUUUUCACAAUAGUUGGUGUUUCCAAAUGAAAGGUGGGCUACUUGCGCUAUAGAACAGAUGGAAACUCCACACCUUCAUGGAGGCUUACUGGUUGUUAAGCCAAAGAGAUAUACAAAGUGUGCAAAGAUUUUGUAAGGGGUGUUAAAAUGUAUUAACUCCCUAGGUUACAACCUAAUGGACAUGAGUAAGACAUCAGUUCCAGUAAGUGGGGAUGGGCGCAGUGUUAUACAAGUGGUCUACAAGGUGUCUCUUUCAUGGGUGAGGAAGAUGGUCACUCUUCCUCCUUCAGCUCUAUGUACUUUUCAAGGGCGGAAAAAAGACAAUAGCCCUCCCCACCUCAUGACCAGGGGUGCAGUGUGUCAGGGCCAGGGCUGAGGCUUCAUGGGCACCAGGGGAAGACCUCAGGGGCAUUAUUGAUUCCACAGGCACCUUGUAGCACACACUUACUGCUGAGCAAGACACUUUGGACUCAGUGGGACUUCUGAGUAGCUACACAUAGGACUGUGUUGGUAAAAUGAUUGUUGAGCUAGAAAUGUGCAGUUGUUCCCUCAACUCUGAGGAAUAGUUUUACCUUCCAUUUUAACAAAUAAACUCCUGAUUAACUUUUUAUAACCACAGAAAUUGCACCUGGACCUGGCUAUCCUGAUUUUGAUGGUGGCCAGGAGUACUUUUCUUAGCUGAAUAAUCUUCUUACAGUUUUUAAAUUUGUUUCACCCAUAGCUUGAAGUUUAGAUUCCUGAGGUACACACAAUAAUGCCCCCCAAAGAUGUUGAAAAUUUUGCGGUGAACAUAAAUCAAAGAUACAAUGCAGUCAAAAGGUUCAGCAAUCUAAAAUCCCAUUGACCUCAAUGGAAAUGUGAAGCACAUGCUUAGUUGUUGCGUGAGAAUUUUGACAUACUAUUUUAGCUAUUGCUUCGUAAUAAGAAUAAAAGGUUUUGUUGAUUUUGUUUUUUUAAAAAAAGGUCGUAUGUUAGAAGAAACGAGGUCUGUUUUUCUGGCAGCUUUGACAGCCAAGCUGUAAGAUAAGCACAAGCUAACAAAGUCGACUAGCUAGUUAUUUGACUGAUAUUGACAAUCUUGUUUUAUUUAGCAAAAUGUCAUCACAGUUCAGUGAAUAUCCUAAUUAACUAUGCGGAGAGCUGCUAAAAUUGGUUUCAACUCCAUGUGAAAGAUAUCUUGCUACGCAGAGUGCACUAAAGGAGGGAGGCAGCAUAAUAUCUAUGUACUGGCAAGUUUAAGUGAAAACAUUUGUACAGAUUGUAUUUGCAUGCUUCACUAAUUUUUACUUAAUGCUUAAUUCUGUUGCCACACCUCUGCUGCUCUCAGCAGAUUGAACUGAGAGUAGUAAUUACCAAGGGCUUUAUUAUAUACCCAUUUAGACAUAUUGUUACUACAUUCCGUUUGCUGGAAAGUCAGCGGGAUUAUAAUUAGGCAGGGAGAUAUCCCACACUGGAUAUUUUACAGAAGAUAAAUUAUAUAAACUACAUUUUGCUCUUCGGUUAGAGAGAGAGAUGUACUGUAAAACAGCAGUUGCGACAAAACAUUGCUGAAUAUUCUUACAUGGAACAGUGGAGUGGUGAACAAUUUUCAGAGGGAUGACUCAAAACAGAAAAGCCUUUGAGAUUGGAAAGCCUGAGGGCUAGCCUCACAAAGAGAUGCAUACAACUUCACACACUGUUAUAGAUUCAUUCUUCUCCAGUAGGUGGUCAUCAUGACAUCACAGCUCUGCAUGUAGGAUGAAGGAAUCAUCUGAAAGAGAAGGGGAUGCUACCACCACAUGGGCAUAAAAACACAUUUAGGGUUCUAUUCACUCAAAACAGAACAAAUAGAAGCAUCCUAUACAUCCCUAAUCCAGAGAUGGGGAACUGUGGUCCUCCAGAUGUUGCUGGACUGUUAAUUCCUAACAUUUUGGUCUAUAAGCAAUGCUGGUUGGGGCUGAUGGGAGUUCAAUCCAUUGUAAUAUGGAGGGCCAUAGGUUCCCUACCCCACCCCUAGUUUUGAUGGCUCCCCUAGACAUUUGCCUAUUUGAAUAAUUGCUUUGAAGUUACUAGUUUUGUUUUUGACAUUGGGCCACUUCAGAUUUAUAGAAUAGACAAAACAUUGUUUAUCUACUACAGUGGGCAUAGUAAUGUGUUGGUGGGAGCUGCAUGCUUAAAAGAGGCAAGAUAAAUGCCACCCAGAAAUUAUGGCUAGCUGAAAUUCCUGGUGCUUCUUACUGAUGUAUUUUCAGACAUGCGGUUUGCUUCCACACAUUUGUUAAAUUGUAGUGGAGAGGCAUCACUUAUCUUACCAACAAUUAACUGUUUUCUCUUUCAUGAAUUUCUCCCAUCCAUCCCCCACAUUUGGUAAUUUUAAAGCAAUUUUAUUGAUUCAAGUGGAGUCAGUCAAUGAAAAAUGACUUUCAUGAGUGUAUUGCCAUUAUAUAUUAUUUACAGGCCACUGUAUCUUAAUUUUGAGCAAUAAGGAGGACAUACUCAUGGCCUCAUUUUGGAUUUUUAGGAACUUCUGCAAUUUCGUAUCGCUCUUUGAAUAGUGCUCAGCACAAACCGUUAAGUAGCAGCAGGUUGCCUUCCCCCCCAAAGUUGUUAAGCAUUGAGGUUGCCCUUUUUGUGUAUCAGGGAAGAAAACCUUUCACUUCAACCUAUUUAAACCUGCUGGUACUGCUCCCUAUCACUUCCCACAUGUAGUUUCUAAGCGUUAGUAUCUCAAAGGUCAGGCAGCUCUAUUCCUAGGUCUCAUGAAUUGGAAGCAUUUUUUUCACACUGCUGAAAGAAGCUUCCUUAAAAAUAUCCAUUUCAAAAUGACCAUGUUAAGUCAUGCUCACCUGUAGGCUCUGUUCCAAAUCAAACAGCUGCUGCAAAACACAUACUAUGUAUUGUGUCCAGUGAACAAAGCUCUGUCAUAUGUGCAGCAGUGUCUUCAGGAGGAACAUGAAAUUCACUGUAUUGAUAAAAUGUGGGCAGAAAAAUAAUUCUAGUGGGUUGCGGCUUAACUUUACUACCCUCUUAGGCUGCAUAUAUGCUAGCCAAUUAGUGGCACAAAAACUUUAUUUCCCCCCCCAGAACCAGAACCAUCCAUGCUCGUCCUCAACAUACUGCUUCCAUCCAAAAGGGUUGGUGUGGUUGGAAACUGACCCCCUGAUUAGGUUAUCCAUGCCUUUUCUUCCCUGCACAUGCUGCAGGUGAAUGAAGGAGGAAGUGAUGAUUGCAGUCUUGGUAUAUGCCCACAAACAACAUCAUUGAGCAUGUGUGGUUAUACACGCACCAUUCCGUUACAUCAGUUUUAAUCUGUUUUCCAAUGGAUACACUGUUAGGAAAUCUGGAAUCAACCUGCAAUGAGCUGUUAUUUUUGGAAUAAAACUGGUUUUCAAUAAGUGCAUUUCAGGAAUAAAAUAUAUGCAAUAGAUCUAGAUUAUGGGUCGACUAGACAGAAAACACACACCCAAGUACUCAGUCUUCAUUGAUUUUAAAAUAAAAUGUUGUGUGUAUGUAGGCUUAGAUGACUUCUGUUCAGAUUCCCAGAGAACAGUUAGUGCAGUUAAGUAAAUUUAGACUGUUCUUACUGGAGAAGGCAAUAGUGUCCUAAACUUCUGUGCCCUGAUGGCACCAAUGAGCAAGGAUACCAUGCAUAACAGUAAUAAUGACAUUACCUUUUACUUAAGAAUGCUGUUCUGGAUUGUGAAGUCAAAUGCAUUCUAUAGAUGGUUGAGCUUCAAAGGCUCCUAUGAAGUUUUCAUUCUCAUGUGUUGUAUCUUUUGGAUUUGAAAUGCUUUAAAGAGCCCCAGUGUUGUGAUAAUGUACAGGAAUCUGGCCACUGGUUGGGGGGGCACUAUGGUCCAGCAGCUCCUGAUAGGAUGGCUUAGGGUGCCCUUCCCCACCUCUCCCUACUAAGGCCUACAGCCCAAUGAUUCUUCCACCACUGGAAAGUUGUGAUGAUUGAUAUGAAGUAGGUGAAAACCCACAGGAUACAUCCAAUCUGUCUGUGGGCAAUGUUCCCUCCUGACCCUGAAAACAAUGACCAACAGCUGUCCAUAGCAAUGUUGAUAACUGAAGCCAACCUGUUUAAGAUGAAGCAACACGACCAUAAGUAAAGUAAGCAAUAUUGGGUGGGUAAGUCCAGAUGAAGACUGCAGUGGGGAGACGUCCCCUUUUAGGUCUCCGAAUCAGAUUGGACUGGAUGAAGUCUUUUUACUCUGGUCUGCUCCUAAACUCCACUCCUCAGGAGCCCUCUGUGGAUGCAGAUUAACUCCCAUCUGCAGUCCUAGCUUCUUGCAUGGCUGCAAAGCACUUCCCUGUUGUCUGUGAAGUCUGAAGUGCUGGUUGCUCCCCCACCCCAUGCUGGGCCAUCAAGGCUGCCUCCCCAGAAAGUCAUGGAAUAGGGAAUUAUACAUGGUGUAUUGAGCAGUAAUAGAGGGGAUUCUUGAAAAAUACGUUAUUUUCCACUGCCUUCACCUGAUUUUCCAGCAUCUCCCUUACAUCACAGGUCACAUUGUUUAGGUUACCAGACCCUAGAGAGGCUGUGUGUGUUUUGUGUAGGUGAAGAGGGGCUGGGAAAGUCAACUGGCACCCCAGAUGUAUCCCACAGGCUUUUCUCUAGGUAUAGCUCUUUAUAAUUUCGGUAAAAAAUGUUGUUUUCUCAUUCUUAUGUAUCUCUUUGGGUGACUUUCUAGUUUUAUCAGGUUUUUGUUUGCUAGCACUGGAACAGUAUAGUGUACAAUAAAGCAUUCUAGCUGCAGUGCAGAGAGAAAUCAGCACACUUAGAAGUGCCUCAGCCAUUAAGAUAUUCUGCUAUAGGUAUAAAGACAGGCACACUCAUGAAUUUUGCAUGACCUCAGAAUUUCGCAGCAAGUAUAUUAAAAAAGAUGCUACCCUAGCUAAAUAUGAUGAAUGAGUGAUAAAUCAUUCAAAAGAUAAUAGCGCUCCUCUCCGUUUUUGUUUGCAUUUUCACCCUUUCCAAGGUGUCAAUAUUCUGCUAAAUAUAAACUGAUAGCUGUUGUCUGUGGCAGCUGCCACAGAAUUAUUGUUAUUUUAAUAAUCCUGAAACAUAAAUUUCCAUUUUAGCCAUAGUUUCCUGUACAUUUUAUCCCAUUUGAUGUGGACACAAGCUUCUGAUUUUUGAUGUAAUAAGCUAUUCAGAUUUUUAUUCCUUGUAUGUUUCCUCUCUGCUAGGUAGAAAAGGAGGCAACAAAUUUAUGUUAGAGAGUAAAGCCCUUAUUUUAAGCCUCCCCUUUUUGUGUGAAAAUGGUAAGCCACAUAUGUGAAAUAUCAUUUUCUCAAGGUCUACUGCAAUGUCUGCCUUGGGGAAGCUACAUUUCCACAGGCUGUUUGUGGCCUGGCAUACUGCAUAGUAGUAUAUCAGGUAUGGGAGGGGAAGAUGGAGAGGCCUUUCCUUUUGUGUCUGCUGCUAUUGGCAGAACAGUGUUGCUACUUGCAGAAAUUCUUCCCUUCCCUGUUUGCUGCCACCACUGGAGAACUGCCACCCAAGAAAGUGGGGUGGAGAAGAAAGUGGGUCGAAGAAUCAGUGGGUGGGUAUUGGUAGAAAGGACGGGGUUUGGGAAGCUCUCAGUGGUGUGGACAGAUAAUUUAUGAGUUAAGACUGACUCAGUAAUGAUCAGAGCCAGUUAGAUUUUUAAAAUAUUUUUUUGCACCUGUUCCUGUCUGCAUCAGUGAGACUUGGCUUAGUGAAACAAAUGGAAACAAGCUGGUUUGGGCUGGGAGUUGAUGCAGAAGCAGAGGUUGGGCCAAGUGCUAAGGAUACAUUUUGGUAUAGACACACUCUUGAAUGCAUCAGCUUUGCCAAGGGUCCCACAGUCCCGUGACUGGCUGUGCCAUCUCUGCUACAGGUAGAGGACCUUACCUUACGCAAGUUUAUUUUGGAUAUCUGCCUUCACAAAGUGUUGAAUAUUUAUCCUAAGAUCAGUGAAGGUUUGUCCUCAUUUCUCCAGUGACAGAAUUCUGUAGCCUUGCUGUAACAUCAGUGAGAAAAUCCUGUCUGAUUUUGCAGUGAUUUAUGCAGCCAAUCUUCCUUCCUGCUCUUACAGUUGUUCCUGGGAGAGCAACACAGAGCUUUAGCAUCUUGGAAUCGCCAGCAAAUGUGCUCUAGCAUAAGGCCCCAUGUCUUCAUUUCUGAAUAUGGUAUGCCACAAAAUGUUCUGACGAUGUCACAACUUGGGCUUGCAUUUCUUAAGCUUGGCAGAACCCUGCUGACUCCUUUGCAGCCUCUUUAAUGAGUUUGAUGUAAAUUUUGCAUGUUCGGCCAAACCUCCAGAUUGGCUAAUGUCUACAGGGUAAAAAAUAGUAGCGCACUGCUGUGCUAAUUAUAACAGCCUCAGACUGCGCUCCCAAUAGGUGACAAGACACUGAAUGCCAGAUGAGAAUCGUUGCUUCUUUAUUUCUUAUAAUAAAGAAAACAGAUGCUGGUUACAAAAGGAAUUAUCAUACAGCAUCAUUUAUCAGAAUAGUCUGGGAGAUGUUCAAAACACCGUGGUUACCAGGAGUUCUGUUUACAUAGGAUUUGUUUGAGAUAGAGAACUCCCUAAAAAUGAUUUCCAUUAGCAGUGCAGCACAGUUUCUACUUUAAAUUGCAGUUUAGAAACCUCUGCAUAGGUUUCUAUCUUAUUUGCACAGUAUCGUUUAAACUUCUAAACACUGGGAAAUACAACAGGAAAAUUGCUAAACGCUUCCUAGAAGGUUUGUACACAUUUACCUUGUCAAACUGCCCCUCCCCUGCCUCCCAGCUCCUGGACCAUGAGGCCUGAGGGUAUUCAGACUCUGGUAACUUACUAGUUAAUAGGGCAUGCAUCAUAUGACCACAAAAUGUCUAAUCCAGACCUUGGAGUUCCUAACAGUGAUUCUCUUUUCUGUCCUUGUGAUUAAAAGGACCUGAUAUUUAACCCUUGCUGUUGCAUUGGGCCAGGCUGAUCUUCCCCCUUGCAGUGAUGUUUUCUCCCUUUGCAGUGAUAAUUUUUCAAGUGGGACGCAGGAGGAGCAGUUUCCCAGUGGCCUUUGGUUUCCUGUCCAAUGGCAAAGGGCAGAGUGUGCUUCUCUUCAUUCAGUAUAGCAACCUCUAGGACUUCAGUAGACAUUCAUUCUCUGAACAUUAUGUUCAUUGUAGAAUCCUGUGUGCCAUCAAUCAAUAGUCCACAAAGCUCCAAAUGAGUUACAAAUAUUUCUUCCUUUCUUCUUUUUUACAGCGCCUGUGUCAUCUUGGGUGUGAUAUUUCUCCUGUCUUCGCUAUGUAUAGUGAUCAAAGCCAUCCAUGACCUUGCAAUUAAAUUGCUUCCAGAAGUGGUAAGACCUUUUAUUUUACCUUUUUAAAAUGAAAAACUUAAAAUCUAGCCUUAGAAUAAUAUGGUAUUGGAUGCACAUUCCUGUGUCCACUUAUAGCUUGGUCCCUGUAUAAUUCAACAGAACGGCAUGAAAAUGUUCUAUCUUUAAUGUAGAUAUUUGACCAUUAACUAAUAUUUAUCUUUUUUGAGCUCCAAAUAUUGUUUUUCUUUGCAAUAAUAACUAAAAUUUAUUCACUUCUAGAAAUCAAAAAAUCCACUGUAUUUCACACUUUAGACCAGUGUUUCCCAAACUUGGGUCUCUAGCUGUUUUUGGACUACAACUCCCAUCAUCCCUAGCUAGCAACUCCCAUCAUCCCUAGCUAGCAAGACCAGUGGUCAGGAAUGAUGGGAAUCGUAGUCCAAAAGCAGCUGGAGACCCAAGUUUGGGAAACUUCUUUAGACAAUGGACCUAGGAAUGAUUAGAACAGAAAAGAGAAGGCCGUGACCCUUCAGAUAUUGCUGAAUUACAUCUCCCUUAAACUCUGGCAAUUGGUCAUAUUGGCCAGGUCUGAAGGAAGUUGUAGAGUCCAACAACAUCUAGAGAGAUAUAGAUUUAAUCCAAAGAUAGAGAAUCUAGGGAAGCUUUAAGAAGAAGGUGGAAUGGGUUGGAUUCAGAUUUACUUACAUUUCCUAAACUGUAAAUUUAUGUUCCAUAACUUGCUGCAGCCAAGAAACCAUAUGUCAACUUGAAGCUACAGGCACAUUGUUGCUCUGCAAAAUUGGUGAAAGAUACAGGCUGUGAAAGUGAACAUUGAACAAUAUUCACAAACACUCAUGGACAAACACUCAUGCUGCAUGUCUGGAAGUUGUCAAAAUUAUGCAAAUAUCGUGCUGGAAAAGCACAGCAUAUUGGUGCUAUUUCCAACUUACUAUAUGUGUGAAAGGAGUAAUACAGUACUGUAAAUAGAAACCAUAAAGUGCUAUGAUUUUAAAGUAAUAUGGCAAUCAUCCUGCUUCCUUCUUUCCCUCAUACCCUUUUCUGGCCUGCAAUGGAGAUCAAAACCAUCUUCUGUAAAAUAACCAGACAUUUGUUCUAUAUAAAAGAGGACAGAUGGACAUGAUAGCACAGGCUACUAUAUGGAUAAUACAUGGAGAUGCACUUAUAUUAACGGGUUACUAAUAUGUUUGGAUGUCUUCCACAUGCAGCUGGAUUUUGUGCAUAAUUUGGAUUAAAGAGCCACCUCUUACGUGUGAAUUGGGUUACUGGAAAAAUAAUAAUUCACGCCUACAUCCCUAAAGGCUUGAAGCAGUUUAAAGUGAAAGUUUAGAGUCUUCAAAAUAGUAUUUUCUGCUAGAGUUCAGAUUGCAUUUACAUAAGUGCAGAAUUUUACCCAACAAUGUCUGAGAAUGAAGCCCAUGUAGUGCAUUGUAACCCAUUUAAAUUGACACAAAGGAGCAUAUUUUCCAGAGACUUUUAGAAAUGUUAAUUUAUUUGAAAAUGUCAGAUUUCAUGAAUUAAGCUUCUUUUCAGAAUAGGCUUUCCUAACUUGGUGUAAAAUUUAAGCAGCAUGACUCUGAUUUUGAGUCAUGCGGUUGUGGAACAACAUUUUUCCACUAGAAAAUGUUGCCAUUCCUUAAAUGUUAAGAAAGAUAACAUUUAACUCUUGGUUUGGAGCAAUAUAAUUUACAUAGCAGAUUAAAACAUUUUCUGUCAAAGAACAGGACAAGUAUAAGUUUUCUUUAUGCUGGGCUUCUAGUCUGCAGUUGUUUCUGGGCCGUUUUAGGGCUUAAUGUUUCUCUUCCCUCUUUCUUUAAGGACUUCAGAGCGGAGUGUUUCAGUCUUACAGCAACCUAGUGAGGUAGUUUCAGACUGAAAGAUGGAAACUUGGUCAAGGCUACUUGACCAUAGUGUUGCAGGGAUUCAGAUCAGGGUGUUCCAUGUCCAGACUCAAUAUGCUGUAGGUAUGGAUUAUAUUGACUAAUCACUCAAUAUAAUGUGUAGUUCAGAAUCAGUUUUGGAAGCUACUGCUGUAAGGUACUUUCACAAUGCUCACAUGAAUUUUCUAUUUAUCAAGGGGCACCCUUUUUCACCAAGGCCAGCCCUAUCAUUAGUAAGGGUGAGGUAGCUGCCUCAGGUGGCAUAAUUAAGAAUGUGUCUCUGGGUGUAUGCAGGGGGCACAGAUAUGCUAGAAGGCAGUGUUUGUGUUGGCUUCUGUGCAUGGAAUGGUGGAGGCACCCUUCUGUCUUUCACCUCAAGUUUUUCAGAUUGCCGCAGCUUAGAAAGUCCUCUUGUGAAGUUGUGGUGCAUCUUUUCAGUUCCUAGCCAAAGAAGCCUGAGUUGCAAGGAAGGCCUGGGAAGUAGCAGACUGCAUAAAUGUUUCAUUCAGGGCUUCCUGGGGCCAUUUUGCCAUUAUUUCAGUUUCAGAGUCAGGUCUUCUACCGGCAACCUGCAUUUGUGCAUCACUCAGAUGCUCCCAUGAUGCAAAGGUAACAUUUUAAGUUUUCCUUACACCUUCAUUUACUAACAGCUCAUUGGCUGGAAGCCUUGUAUGAACUUGAAUGAGGUUUCUUUCCCCACAGUCCAGGAUGGGUUGUUGAUGACCUGUAGAUAGCACUCUGAGAUAACCUUGUUGCUGUCUUCUUUGAUUGAUUUGACUCUGCUUGCUGCAACUCUUGUCAUCUCAUCUUAUAUUCCUGUGGCCUGCUACUGCCCUCUGUUGCAAAUUGCAUAAUCCAAAAAAUCAUUUCAGCUUUGCAAUUGCGUUGGUAGUGGCAUCACUCUGAUACCUAGAAAAAUGCUGGCCUUGGGCUCUUUACUAUAGUGAGCAAGUAAAAGCUAGUCAAGCGCCUGACAAGUGUGCUUGGGGCUAAUUCUAAAUGAUCUCUGAACUUUCUAAGAGAAGGUACCCCACUGAGAAUUGGUCUAAAAUAAUGCUGUAACCUUACUGAAUAUCCUGCUUUCUGAAAUAUACCGGUAUUGUCUUUAUUUUUUUUUUUUUAAGUUCCUUGCUCUAGAGCACUUUGCAUAUAUCCGGAGAUUAUUAAGCUUGGUAUAGUGGCACGAAAAACAGCCCAUAUUUUGAAAAUAAGUUACUUUCAAGAGUGCUGUUAGUCUUGACAUAUUUUUUCAGUUAAGCUAUUAAUUUAUUUCAGAGGAACUAACAAUCUUUUUGAGUUUUUCUCUUCUUGUUGUAAGACUGUAAAUUCAGCAAUUCAUUAUAAUUCAUUAUAAUUCCAUAUCCCCCCCAAAUAGGUUAUCUCUUUUGUUACGUACCACAAAAUGCAUAUGAUUUCUUGUUUGAUAAAGCAACUCAAAGGGCCAGGGAGAGUACAACCAUUUGCUUGGUGUGCUAAAUCAAUAGCUACUUGCAAUUCAGGGAGUGUGUUUAUUUCCCCAGGCAGCAGUAUCAUCCAUGCAGUGGCAGUGCAGUUUACAUUCAUUAGUAUGAUCCAGGAUGUUGUUUGCUAGGAUGGGAAUAAGGUUACUUUAUUUGCCACAACAAAGGAAAGCUGAAGUUCCAGUAUAAAAAUGUAUCUUAAGAAGCUAUUAUUUGUAACACUAGCUGUGCUUUUAGAUGAGUAGUGAAAAUACGUCUGGUUGAAAACUAGGACUACAGCAGUGCAGCUCACCCACUGAUCCUGUUCGUUACUAGAUCUGCGACUAUGCUGGCACACACAGUCAGAUCUUAGAUGUAUAUUUCCUAAAAGGUUAAUUUUGGGGAACUGGUGGUACUCCUCUUGAGAGUGCACUGUUGUGUGCACACAAUAUUGCAUUGACUUCGAUCACUCCAUGAAUUGAAUUUAUCAAAGUAUGCUUCCUUCACAGAACAGUAGUAACUAUGCUACAGCUAUUAUAUAUAUAUAGAGAGAGAGAGAGAGAAUAAGGCUUUAAAGGCGAUAGCAUGCCAAAUUGAAAUGACGUAGGAACACCAAAAGCAGCUUUGUAGCGUGAAAUAAUUGACGUUAUUGGGUUGUGUGGUUAAUACAUUUUUAUGCUUUAAAUUGCCCUGUGGUGUUUUGGUGCAGGUCAGUAAGCCUCUCCUCCUUCCGGAGGGGAGGGGUUGUGAGCGGGAGACGAUUCCCUCGUCAUGCAGGGGGCGCUCCGCCCCCUGCUUCAACUCCAGGGCUGGCGCGCCACGCCCCUCCCCGGUUGGGCACCCAAUAGGGAAGCUCGUGGGGGCGUGGCUUGCCAUUCAAAUGCGGCCGCGCCAGCCAUCCAUGCCAUUGCACACACAUUUUCUUCGAGUCACCCACCCUCCACUCCCUUUAGAUUAGCUUUUCAUGAGACUUUGCUAUGGACCUCUGGAUGGUCACCCUGUUUAACCAGGGGGCCUGGUAGGAGUUUUUUCCAAUUGGCUAAAUUGGCCCGGCCUCUUGGUUUUUUUCGCCUACCUCGUAGCAACCGUCACAACUUUCGUGGUAUUUGGCGGUUAGGCAUUGGAAUGUGUUGUUGGUGUUUCGGGGGGCAAGGUGUGGCCAUCGCCUUCCCCGACAAUUUUGGGUAUUCCGCUAAAGGAAUCCGGCGGUCGUGGAUCCUGUCCGAUGCCCGUGUGGCCAUGGCACGACCCUCGGUGACAUCAGGAGAGAGCCUAUAAUUGUAUUAGCAUCAACAGGCUCCACCUUCUGGUGAAUAAACCCCCUUUGGGCUCACCCCUCUCCGAGUGGGUGGAGUCUAAUGUUCCGUGGUCCAAUGCCUAAGCCAAUACCUUCUCACAUGCUGUAAUCAAUAAAGUUGUGGCUUUUUCCUUACCCAUUAACCUUCCAUACUGUGUCCACAUGUCUUUAUUCCCCAAGCGGGGAUCGGGUCCUCGAAUCACAAUAUACACUUGCGACCUAGUGGCCGAACAAAGAUGCUGGACUUGUUUUUCACAGUUCCAUCAUCUGCCACACUUUGGGUAGCAAUAUCAAAGAGCUUGGGCAGCAGGAACUGUGGCCCCCAGGUCCAGCCUUUGCUUUACCACUGUUGUUCUUUAAGAUGCUACCAGACAUUUUUUGUUUUUAACGUUACCUUUCUGGGAGUUAAAACAACAACAACACAGUUUAGAUAAAAAUCACUUAUGGAGUAUAUCACGUGUGUGUGUUUGCACAAAGAGAAGUUGGGUGCAUCUGCAUGAUAGCUUCUCUUAGUCCCAUACAGGAAGUUCCACCACCCAGUCGCAAAUAUACAGCGGAUGUGGUAUGAGACACAAUUUCAUACUAAUAUUAUUUAAUGGUUUAUACCUAUGGUUGUUUUUAAACAUUUCCCCAGUUUCUGAGAGCUAUUCUAUUUUUUGCAUUAUUAGGAUCAAAUCCAAGUGCCUUCUUUCCUUGUCUAAAUUACAGCACAAUCUGGUUUUCAUACUUUCAUUUAUGGGAAGUAGAUAGUCUCUGUGAGCAGUACUGUAUCUGCAUUGCAGUUAGUAAGGUAGGUUGUACAUUAACCAAAUGCAGGUUCCAUUACACAGAAUUACCUUUUCCUAAAUAGUAAUGUUUUAGUGCAGUAAGAAAGAAACACUCUUGAAAGAACAUCCCCAGGUAUGAGCAAUCCUGAAGUUGUGUGUUGCCUGUUUAUGAAACUAGCACUCUCCUUGAUGAUGGGCAUUAAGUGAUUUGGAAACAGCUGAAGUCACUGCCACUCAACAAUGUAUUUUGGGGUUAGAGGGCAUCCACACUAUACUUGUAAGCAUAAAACUGGAUUCAAGGAUAUAACCUUAGCAAGGAAUGGUAGUGGGCCACAAAUACCUUCCUUGUUUGCUCUUUGUAAUGUGCAGUUUCCAUGGUGAUGCCCUGCGCACUUUUAUUGAGAUGGAUUUACUAGUAUAGUGAAAUAUAUUAUAAGAUUUCAGCUCGCCUUGCAGUUCAAUCAUUGCAUAACCAUAAAGAAAAAGGUCAGAAAAGUCUGCCCUGUUCUUUCCCCCACUUCUUCCCUAUCAGGGGCACAAUCAAGCACUUAAAAGACUUAAAGCACAGACCUGUGAUAGAAAUUUGCAUAUGCUAAUAGAUAUGUAUGCAGAGAUGCAAAUUAAGGUUUGUGAACAAGUAAACAAGCUCGGCAGAUGAGGUCUUUCUGUCCCAGCAGUCUUGUAAGCAAAAUAUUAGAGAGAGAGAGAGAGAGAGAGAGAAGGAAAAGUUCAAAAACAUUGCAAUUAUUGAGGGAGAAGGCUUGAUUCUAUUCAUUCAGGUCUGUUGCUUUGUUCACAGAUUUGCUGUGGGUGUACUUAGUAUAGGAUUUAUAAAUGGCUUUGUAACUGGAAUGGCUAUGGCAGUGUAACAUUAAAGCAUAGUGUAAAACGUAGUUAAAUACAUAAUUAUUUGUAGCUGCAUUAUGUCACAAGCAAAGAUGUUUAGGAUAGAAUGGGAUAUGCUUAUGCAGAUAUAAACAAUGGCACAACUGGACAAAAAUGAGUGUCAUUUCAAACAAAAGAAGGCUGCAGAUUAUGGAAGUGUUUAGGUUUUUUUUUUAAUAAAAAAAAAUAAUCUUCUCUUUCUAAUUCAGUGCUGUUGCUCCAAUUAAAAUCUAGUGAGGUAGCGAACAAUGAAUCUCGAUGGAUUUGAUUCCUUAUUUAAUGAUUUUCAGAAGCAAUGGCAAGAAGGUAAUCUGAGGCGACAAAGAGGAAAGGUCCUGGGGGACAUGGCAGCAGAUGGUCAGGGUUAUUUUAUUAAUUUAGUACCAUAUUAAAGUGUCUCUUCUGAUCAGUUUUCUGGAAGAUGAAUUAAUUUGGAAAGGUAAUCGUUCACACCAAGUGGGAUGCUGUUGAGGUUCCUGAUGUGUUACCAGUGAUGGCUGAUACCAGGUCACUGCCCAUCUCCUUGCCAUUUCAGUUUUCAUCUUCAUAACAAGCACUUCCACUUGUCUCUUGCCAUGUCUUUUAUCCUUGACCCUGUGGUGCACAACACAGCUCACUAGACCCUCAGGUGCACAAGCCUACUCCUAAUUCAGCUCAUUCAUUCUGCCUCCCAAAGGUAAUCUGGGCUGUAAUAGUUGCGUAUUUGUCAGUGGUACUUGUGGUAGUGGGAAUCCUGGGGCAGGUGGUGGGAGUGGGAGAGCACUGGGAGCUGUAUUGGUCCGUAAAGAAGCAUAGAAUAGUCAUACAGAUAUUGUGGUGAGUAGCUCCACUCAGUGGAUGCAUUGAAAUACUGCAGGGAUUCCUUGAAGAGAUCUUGCUGGUCUCAAGUACUUGAAAACUGGAUUCCUUUACUCUCCUACACUUGCUUUUUCUCCUCUGUUCCUUCAUUUCAGCUCUUUACUUGUAUUAAAUAAAGCUGGGGGUUGUAAAGAGUGGUUCAGUCAUAAUAUUUGCAUGGAGCAUCCAACUUUGAAAUAAAAUAAAAUCCUAGAAUGAGAAUAGUGUUUUAUUAGAUCUUAGUUGGUAUAAUACUGUAUAUACUCGAGUAUAAGCCUACUUUUUCAGCAUAUUUUUUAUACUCAAGUGAGGGUCCUUUUGGGCUGCUCCUUGCUCCUCCUCCACCUUUGCCGCUGUUGGCGGUGGCGGAGGAGGAACGAGCAGCCUGAAAGCAGCCCUUUAGGGCUGCUUGUUCUUCCUCCGCUGCUGCUGCCACCAGCCUCUGCCUCUCAGCAGCACCCUAGGUAGGCAGGGGGAUGGGAGGGGCUGGGGGGGAGAGAAGCUCCCUCUGCUGUGUGUGCAUGCGCGCAUGCACACAAACACACACACACACACACACACACACACACUCCAGCCCACCAGAGUGUGUGUGGUGGUGUGGUGAACCGGCUUAUACUCGAGUCAAUAAGUUUUCCCAGUUUUUUGUGGUAAAAUUAGGUGCCUUGGCUUAUAUUCGGGUCGGCUUAUACUCGAUUAUAUACGGUAACCUAUUUCUAGUUAAAAAAUAGAUAGUGAUGUGGCAUGUGCAAUGAAAUGUUGCGCUGUAUCCCUACCCUUUAAGGAGAGUUUUCCUGUUCCAGGCUGGUUUGAAAUGUCCAGGCCAGGCAGGAGACAUUUCUGGAAGAGUGGAAGGGAAAUGGACCCUUUUAUUCUUCCCCAUCCCUGUUCUAUAAAGAGAUGGAGGGAUCAGGUUUAGGAUUGCAUAGCAACCCUGAAUAUGAGCACUGAUAGAGCAGGGAAUCUGGGAAAGAGAAUGGGUCUCAUUUUUACUCUCCUUCUCAUUAUUCCUAUAUAAUGCUAGAGGGAAGUGCAGGGAAGGAGUCCCAGUUGCCCCCAUGGGCAUAACCAGGUGGGUGCAGCUGCCCCUCUGCUAAAUCAGGUAAGUAAAUAAAAAUACUUAACUAACUGACCAGUUGUGUUGCAGAUAACUUUGUUCUGUCCCCCAAACAUAAAGCCUACCCCCCAAAUAAAUCCUGGCUACUCCCAUGGCUGCCCCCUUCCCACUCUCCAGAACCCUUGUUUUCUGCUAUAUAGCUAUCAGUGGUCAUAUUCAGGGCUGGCAGCUAACCAGCCCAGAACCUGUAUGUUUACUCUCAUAGUACACAUCCUUGCAACUUAACCCACCCUUCCAGGAUACUUGCCAGACAAGCUGCUAGGGCAGGGCCAUCUUAAGCAUAUCCCCCGUUUCCCAGAGUUGUCGACCUUUUCCCAAGCCUCUGCCGGGAUUGCUCUCCUCCCGCGGGGGUUUGGGAAGACAGCUGCACGUCCACCAGCCAUAUAGUUGGCGGGGCACAGCUUCUAUCCUAAGCCUCUGCAGGGAUUGCUCUCCUCCCGCGGAGGCUUGGGAAGGAAGCUGCACGCCCGCCAGCCCACCCAAUGGGAAAGACGGCUCUGUGCCAGGGGCUAGUUCCUCCUUUUUUUCUGAGCCAGUGUGGAUUUUGAUCCAUCCUGGGAGGCUUUGGUGUGCUCCAGCAGAUGUGCUGCUGAAUCUUGCACCUUUUUCAUGCUCCUGAAGUAUGUUUGAAUGGGGAAGUUGUUGGUCUUUCUUGCACAGAGAGGGUAAGAGCAACACUCUCACAUAUCCCUAUGGGAGAGAAAUGUAGUUCCCUUUCGAAGAUAACAUUUUCUGAUUGAGAUAAGUGUGUGAAUUGUGUUAGGAUAUUUCCGUUCCACCUUAAAAGGGAGCAGGCUUUGUGAGUCAGAGUCUGCGUAUUUCCUGUUUCCACAGGAUGUUUCUGUUGUGUCUUUCGUUUCUCUCUCUCUGUGUCUGGAGACACUGAUGCAGGCAGUCAUGUUUUUCUUUGUUCUGACCAACGCUGAAUAAACUUGUAAAUAAUGCUCUCCUGCGUGCAACUUCUGCUGUGAAUUAUCUGCUGAUAGAGUGUGCAUGAGCUCUGGAAUGUGGCAAGCUAUUUCUAGAAACUCGUGUCGCUAAUUGCUGAUACUGUAUCUACGGGAGAUCGAUGGAUCGUCCGGCAGCCGGCUUGGGGGCCAUGAUGGAUUUUGUCUCCCUGGCAGUAUCCCAACAUGUGCCCAUUCAGAUAUAUCUAGCCAAAGCCACCUCCAGAAGCAUUUUGCUCGGGCCCAGAUCUGUACAUUUAUUUGACAGCUUUGUAUUACAUGGCAAAAGUGACACAUAAUAUAUUUUUCUUUUUUCUUUUCCAGGAUAACUUUCUAUAUAGUGUUUCUAUUUUAAGUGGAAUCCUUUGUACUACCUUGGCAGUGAUCAAAUUUAUGUUGGGGAAUGUGCUCACAAGCAGAGCAUUGUUAACUGAUGGUAAGUAGCAAGUAUCACAUUCCUCUAUGUUUUGGCUACUUUUAUAUAAGAUGAAAGAUGAGUGAGAUGAACAUAAGGUAUAAUACAAAAACAGCUACAGAUAUGAGCUACUAGUUAACAUGCAGCUGACAGAUUUGUUGAGUUUCUUACUAUUAAAUUAAACAUUUGAUUCGGACUGGAUAAUCACCAAAUGCUGUAAGGACAGACCGCCCUCCUCGGCGCCAAGAUUAAUAGGAACCGUAGUUUACCCUACACAGAGCUAUAAUUCCCAGCACUUUUAACAAUUUAUUCUUUUUUUGGGGGGGGUGCUUGCUUUAAAUGUAUGUAUGCAGCCUUAGCUUCCCUGAUUUGCAGAGAUUUUUAUUUCAGGCAUUUCUGGCAACUGUAAGCUAUAGAAAAAUGAAGACAUUCCAAGUGACAAAACGAUGGAUGGAAGUAGCCCUUUAAAUAAAGCAGGGAGACCAGUAAAUCCCAAGGAGUUAAUAAUAGUAAUAAUAUUUGCAAGCAAGUCAGGAGAGCUUGAAUGCAUUAAUAGUAGUCAGAUGGAGUGUGUGUGUUGCAGGAAAUGAGAGGCCCACAAAACAUGGCCAGAUCAUAGGCUUCUUCUGAUACUGGAUGGUUUCGUCCAUGUAGGCUGCUGUGUAGUGCAUAAAAAGAUGUCAAACAGCAGCAAGAAUACUGUAAUUAUUUAUCGGGGACAACCCGUUUGUCUUGCUCCAAAUGAAAAAUUCCACAGGAGUCAAGACAGCAGACAUGUGGAAAUUCAAGUAGGGAGCACAGACGAAGGCUACCUAGUGAAAUCAUCCUGUUUCCCACAGUGGUCCAUCAUGUGGGACAAAUGAGUGCAAUAGGUUUUUCAAGCAGGACAUGAGUGCAAUAGGUUUUUCCUGCUGUGUGGUAUUCUGAGGCAUGGUGCCUCUCUGUGAUCCUGAAAACAAAAGCUGGAAACAGAUGCUUUGAUACCAAUUUCAAUUUAAUGCAAUUACCGGUAAACAUGGUUCAGAUCUGUUGAAAAGUAACAUAUAAGCAUUAUUUUGUUAAAAAAAUCUGUGUUACCUAAGCUCUGGUAUUUAUUGGAAAGGGUCUAGCCAUGUGUACUGAGCUUUUAUAGUCUCUAGGAAUGAUCACUGCAUUGCGCUUUGUGUGAGAGAGUGCCAAAAAGAUCAUUUGGAAGCUGCAGAAUACCACUGCUUUCCUACUGGUACAUUUUGGGAGGUGAGACCAUAUUCACUCAGUAUUGCAGCAGUUGUACUGGCUGCUGGUUAGCUUCCUAGUGUUGGUUCUUAUGUUUUGAAGCUCUUAAUUGCCUGGGGCCUAUGUACCUUAAAGACCAUUUCUCUUUCUUAGUAUAAGCCCCUCUCCUCACAGUGAAACAUUGGUUGUAAGAAACAGGAGACUCAUUGUUACAAACUGAAGCAUUGCUACAGGCUCCUUAGGAGGGUCAGGGUUGCUCUUUCCACCCCCUGGGAUGGGUGAAAAUACUGCCCUGUGAUAUUCUGUAGGGUGUAGCGUCAUGAGUAAAAUUUCACUAGAUGAUUUGACUGUUGAAGAAGAAUCACUACUGUUGGAGGAGCAAGCGGUGCUUGUGGUAGCAGAAAAAGCUGACUGCUUUCACAUCAUCACAGCUGUCAGAGCCAUCAGCUGUGAGCAAACAAUUGUGGCAAUUCUUUUUUAAAAAAAGAAAAUCCAUGACUGCUGAUGAGAGUGCUGAGAUGCUUUAAAGUCUGAACUACUGAAACUAGGAGGCUAAAGUACUGGAGUGAGUGUGCAAUGGUAAUUAACUCAACACAAAUGCCCCCUCUUUAGCCCAAAAAACAAUUGUUUAAUUUCCCCAUCACUCCUAGUCUAUAAUCAAGGCCAGCUGCUGCAUUUCAGGGAUUUUUGCAUGUCUGUGUCUCUCUCUCUGUGGUCCCCCAGGAAUGGUCUGGCUUUCCCCCUUUCCUUUCAGGAAGAGCAGCAGCAAAAGCAGAGCAUGGAGGCAUCAAAGGUUUACCUGCUCUGGAGUUGUGCCAGCUGCUGCUCCUUUCCUGCCACUGUUGGGGGUCCCAAAAACAGAUGUGCCUUCUUGGGAAUUUAUCCUCCUACCCAGAAGUUCAGUGUCAAGUCCAGCUGCUUAAUCAAUGAAAGCAAUUUUGGGGGUGAAGGUGUGCUUGGUGUUACUGCUUCUGAAUGAAUUAUACAAGGAUUCCCCCCCCAAAAAAGUCAGGUUUUUUUGUUUAAAAGUAAGGCCAUGUCUCUUUUUCUGCAUGGCCCCCCAGGGGAUUCACCCUGGGUCAGUGCAGCCAUAGACUCCAAAGUUAGCCACCACUGUAUUAAAGGACCCAUUGAAGAUGGGCCAUUUUCAGUUGUAUACAGUGGUACCUCAGGUUGCAGAUGCUUCAGGUUACAGACGCUUCAGGUUACAAACUCCGCUAACCCAGAAAUAGUACCUCGGGUUAAGAACUUUGCUUCAGGAUGAGAACAGAAAUCGUGUGGCGGCAGUGCAAGGCCCCAUUAGCUAAAGUGGUACCUCAGGUUAAGAACAGUUUCAGGUUAAGAACGAACCUCCAGAACGAAUUAAGUUCUUAACCCAAAGUACCACUGUAUAACAGUUGUUUCAGCUGAUGAAUAAGCUAAAUAUUAAGGAGUUUUUGCCUGUCUGUGCAGACCCUUUUUCCAGUUGCUAUUUAAACCAGGAAGUCUCUAACCAUGGUUGGAAGUUGUGUUUAAAUACCCUGGCUUGUUAAGAGCUGGUCACCAUAGUUUCACCAGAUGUCAGUUUCAUCAAAACUGGGAAUUAGAGACUUCUGGGUUUAAUUGCAGCUCGCACAAAGCGGUUGUCUGUGUUGAUAAAAAAGGCUCAUUCAUAUCUCUGCUUAUUAAACCAAGAUAAGACCAUCUGAAUUGGCUCAGUGGUAAAACUGAUGGAAUGUUUUGUCCUACUUCUCUACCUGUUUAAUAGGCCACGAUUACCAGUGUUUUCAACUAGUCCUGCAUUUUGCAAAUAGCUGAGGAACUUCUCUUCCAUUAAUUACGUCGUUGUGAUAAUUGUGUUGCUGCUGAUUUUAUUGUUAGCUAAAUUAGAGACUGAACUCUGUAAUUAGCCUGGUGUCUGUGCAUUCAAGCUAUUUUAGUCAGGCAGCUACGCACAGAUUUCUCUCUUUGUAUUUUUGGCUUUUGGUGGAAUAUAAUCUUUGGGAGGGUGAGAUUCCCACCCACAAGCAAGCAAUACAGCAAGGGGGUGGAAGCAGCAGUUGCACAAAGUGAAUUAGUAUGUCUCUUUUGCCUGUUAGCACUUUUCUGAUUCCUGUUAAUUUGCUUCGUGCCGUGACAGCCUGUGGAACUGUAAGUUUCUUUUAGACAGCACAGAGUGGGGUGCAGAAUUCAGCAUUUUCUAUCUAACAGGGAUUUCUUUUUUUAAGUCUGCAGAUGUCUCGUGUAUUUAGUCUUAGUUAAUUGUUUAAAAACAUGCUAAGUGAGGAGGCAUAUAUUAUGCUUGCCAAUGUUCUCAAGUUAACAGAGACAAUAUGGUAUCUGGGAAGGCUCAAGAUGGAACCUGGUCAGCAGGCAGAGACUUGUGGAUAACAAGAGAUAACUGAACUAUUUACCUUGGUAAAUUGCUGCUGACCAGGGCCAGCCCACCCAUGAGCCAAGGUGAGGUAACUGCCUCAGGCAGCAUGAACCACCAGGACAGCAGAUUCCACCACCACUUGUUUCUGUUGUAAAUCUUCCCUCAACCCUUCUUCCCUGGUGAGGGGGGCAGCAGCGGAGGAAACUGCUUGGGCGCCUAGGGUGCCGCGCUUUGGGGCCUUGGGAGUCUGCCUGCCUCUCCCACUCAGCUGCCCUACAGCUGAGGUGGGGAGGCAGUGGGCGGACCAUUUAGGCAGCGCAGAGCCUGCGUGCACCCAAGCCACAGCGUCUUUCCCAGGUGAGUGCCGCUCGGCAUUUUGUCAUCUCCCUCAGUGGUGACACCUGGGGCGUUGUGCACCCACCACACACCCUUCCUCUGCCCCUGGAGGGGGAGUGCCAUUUGGACGUCCGCCUUAGGUGCCCAAAUGUUUUGGACAGACCUUGCUACUGACACAUAAGGUGAACCCAGGAAUAGUAUUAUGUACACUACCAUUUAUCCAAGUGGUGAAAUCUUCUAGGGGCAGUGCUCAUCCAGGUCUGGCUACCUUUGGAAAAUAAAUCAUUGGUGAUUUAAUAGUUGUUGGUUUUUUGUAAUAUUCAAGUUAUUUACAGAUACACAAGCUGAGCAUAGGGGAAGACAGAACAUAACAUUAUUGAAAUCACUGCUCCUACAUCAGUUCUCUAAAAGCUCAUUCUGCCUUCCUGAGUCAAACUGCAGUUUUCUUUGCUUCUGUCUAUAUCUUUCUAUGGGCAAAUGUGUGCAUGUACACACUUGCUUAAGGUUAUCCUUAGUUUGGAGAUAUGCUUCUUAACUCUAUUUUCUUGGGGAUUCUGGGCUAUACACCUGUAACUUUCCUAACAAAGGAUGAGGCUGGCAGCUUGACUAUUAAGGAACUUUAAGCAGUCAUUCUGGCCUCAUUAAUCCUUUUCUCUCCAAAUGCAAAUUUCAUUAGAAUCUGAAAGUAAUCAAAUUACAAAGUUGGGGGGCUGGGAUGGAGCGUAGGCAAGUCCCAUUCUCCAAGCUUUCUUCUGUUUGUGAUGAUUCCCACAGUCUAAACUAUAUUCUUUGUAAAUCGCUUCGUAAAGCGAUAUACCAAUUCUGUUAAGUAAAAUAAAUAUUAUUUUGUUGUGCAGUAUAAUUAGUAGCCCCUUCGAAACAUGGAUAGAACAGCAACAGCACAACAGGCAAGGCAGUAUUUUAUGUUUCACCAGCACUAGUCAGGACUGCAAUUUCUCAAAGACUUCUCGCUGCACAGGAGAGACAUCUCGUGGCCAGCCAGAUAGGUACCUAGCAUCCCUAGGUGUUAGUAUGGUAAACAAGGGAAGGCUGAUUGCCAUUAGGCUGAGUUGAAGUAGGGUGCUUUUGCUGUUUUUAUUGCCCUUUUAAGUAUUUUUCAUUCCAGUGAUUUCCCCCCAAGGAGAUCUUCGGCGGCCCAUCCCCAGCAAGAGAUUGGGUGCUCAUGAAAUAAGGCACCCCCCCUCCCAGCACACAUUUGGCACCUUAAUGCAUAUGAUUAGGUGGUGAUGGCAAAGUGCAUCAGUGCCUCGGGGCAUGCCCAGAACAGAAAAGCAAUGAAUGGCAGGGUAGGAGUAACUUGAGUGUACAAUCAAAAAGCCCUCCAGAGUCAUUCCAGCAACCUCCAUCUUCUCCUGCGAGUGGCAAGCAGUGGAACAGCAAUGUGAGGAGAUUUCACCCCUCCCAUAUCCAAGAAUCUGCUGAUGUUCUCUGCUGAUUCUUCAGAGAGGAGGGGCGGUUUCUGCUCUCUACUUAUUCCGCUCCAGCCUCACAUCAAAGUGUCGAGGAGAGAGAGAGACUGAGUGUUAGAGAUCGUGUGUAUAGAUAAGGUUGCUGCUAAGAGCAGCUGCAGACACUCAGUGCAGUUCAGCUUUUUGUUUAGACCUCAUUUAGCUCUGUAUAUAGUUGUGUAUUAUAGUUGUAGAUAGAAUAAAGAAGAUAUUCUACAGAGCUGCUCUCCGAGUCAUUUAUGCUCUGCUAUACUCUGCAGUACUCUGCUGUGCGAUGACUUCUUCUUGUUGGAGUGAAUCCGGUGCUCACAACUCUAAGCUGUGAGUCCACAGCACUUUGACCUGUUCCUGUGCAGAAGGUGGUCUCUGGAAGUGCUACCCCAGCUCGCCUAGCCCAGUCGGGGCUGAAGUGUGUGAGUCCAGUUGGUGGCACUGGCUCAAUGGCGAUGCUGACACAAUGAAUAGCCAUGACUGGGGGGAAACAAACAGGAAUGUGUGAAAACUAACAUGUUGAAUACACACAUAGCAGUCUGAUCUGAAAUGCCUAUUGGCCGGCAUCUGGAAGCACCCAAAGACAGCGUUCUGCUUGGACCAGCACCCUAAGAGGCAGCAGAGAUGGGAGGAAUCUAACUACGAAUAGGGUGUGAAGAUGGCAGAUGCUGGAUAGACAUGCAUAGAGUGAAACUGCAUUACAGAGAGAAGUUAGAAUGCCUGGUUCGCAUUGCUGUAAAAUGGUGUGGGUACCUGAGUGAGAACUACCGGUAGGAAGAAAUGGAGUAGUGCAAGUAUUAACUAUUCAAAGGUGGGAUGCGUGGUGGAACAUCCAAGGCAAAAACCAUCCUUACCACUUGGAUGCAGAGGAUUACUUGAGCUGCUGCUUAUGAAUUCCUAAAGGCUCAGACACUCUGGCUCUUUCACCAUAUAUAGAGAGACCUCUAGGGAAAAGGCAAUGAAGGGUGGUUGAGAGUUAGCCAAGCUUUUGUAGGUUUCCUUAAAACCUACAGAACAAGCUCUGAGAUGAAGGCAGAUGCAUGUUCUCUGCACUUACCCUAGAUUCCUAACUAUCAUAAUGUAAACAUAAGUAAAGUCUGAUAAAAACACACCUUGCAGUAUCAAAGUGGUCAGUAUUUUCAUGUGAGACACAUGAUCAGAGUGACAUCUUGUGGCCAGUACCUGGAAAAGCUUAAAUUUCUUAGUGGGUUUAUUUUAUGUGAGUUGACAAUGGUACGCAUGUAACUCAUUAAACUCAUGAGCAAACUCUUUGGUUAUUGGACAAGUCUAAAUUUAUACUUUUUAUUUCAGGUUUCAACUCUCUGGUAGGAGGAAUAAUGGGAUUCUCCAUACUUAUAAGUGCGGAGGUUUUUAAACACAAUGCUGCUGUUUGGUACCUGGAUGGAAGUAUAGGUGUUCUAAUUGGACUGACAAUAUUUGCCUAUGGAGCGAAGUAAGUGAAGUUGUUCCUUUUUUCACCUUAUUCUUUGUGUUUGCAUGCUUAAGAGAUACUGUGAUGAUCUGUUCCUUGUAUAUGAUGCUUGAGGCAUGGGGUAGCAACCUCAACUCCAUUUCCUGAGAUGUUGCACUUACUUUGCUGUGGUGUAUCGUCAUUAUUUGCCAUUGCCCUUACUACCUUAUUACUACAAAGUUUCAUUGCUUAAAUAUCAAUGUAUUGGGUGACUUACAAUUGCAUGCCUUGCUUAGAACACCUUUUAGAAUCCACCUUAUCAAAAUCUACUUUGCAGUGGUUGAGCUUGGAUACAAUACAAAGAUAUAUUCUCAAAAAUCUUCCGAGCACCAUUGUCCAUGAUUUUCUGCUUACAACUUGUGACUUUUGUCCUUCAUCAACAUGUGCUUUCAUUUCCAGACUACUUGUGGACAUGGUUCCUCGUGUACGGCAAACACGUCAUUAUGAAAUGUUUGAAUAAAGACAGAGCACCAUGGACUGAAUAAAAUUUUGCAAAAUGUGAUAACGUACUACAUCCUGGCAAACGGUGCCAAUUAUAUUUACAAGAUUGCACUUUGUUUCUCAUGGUAUAUUUUCUUUUUACAUUAUCUUUCCAAGAAAAGGUCAAUCUGUACAAUUAGGCAAAUAUGUACACCGCUUAGAUCUUGGCAAAAGUAGCAACAAGCAGCCGUUUUCUUUUGUGUGUGCUAUUUAAAAUCCUGCAAAUGGUAACUGAGAUGAGCAAAGUGCACAGUUCUAAUCAAGCCGCCAUGUUUUGUCUUCUGGAAUAUUAAGAGUUCUUCAACACAACAGAUGCCUGUAUAAAGGAGCCAAACCCGAGAGGGCGCAGCCACAGUAGUCUUUUACCAUGGCACCUUAAGGACUAACAGGUUUAUUGUGGCAUGAGCUUCUAUAGACAAGAGACUACUACUGCAUCCAGUAUAGACAAGAGAUGGCCUUUAGUUACGUUGCCACCAGCGUUCCAGAAUGUGCCAGCAAGUGAGACAUUCCCUAUGUCUUCUGCACAGAACUCAGUGGUAUUGUACUUAGCUUAUGGGGGCCAACAGACACUACUUGAUGCAUGGAAUUAAUCCCCACCCCACCAGCCUCAAAUCAACCCCCUUUCCCAAACUGCUCCAUUUUUAAAUUCAAAGAAUCUAAUGUGAAUUUCAUACUAUUUUCUAAAAUUCUCUGCACUGCAUAAAUAUGAAGCAACACAUUAUGAAAUAUAUUAAGCUGCACAGACAAAAUAAGCACAAGGUGUCAAUGUACAGGCAAAAGCCAAAAAAGCAAGAGGGGGUAGUUUUUGAUUAUAUGUCUAUGGCUGUAUUAUGCACUUAUGUAGCGGUAUAUAUGGGUAAAUACAUGGGUGUCCUGUUGUCUGGUAAAAGUGAUGGUUUCAAGGUGGUAGUAAGAUAGCCUUUCUACUGUUAGUUAGGCUAUUCUGUAGGUGUUCCAUGUACCCACCCACCAUCUUAUGUAAUUUAAUAUCUGGAUUACAAGUUAUGACUCCCAUCAUGUAAAUCAAUAAAGCUGUUACCUAUUUUAUACAGUACCUGUAAUUAACCUUGAAAAAAGCUCUCUAGAUAAUACAUUAACAAUACAAUCUAUGUAUUUAUUUAAAGUUAAGUCCUGCUGGCUUCAGUGGUGCUUACUAACUUGUAAGUGUGUUCAAGAUUGCUUCCUCAAUAGAACAAGUCGUCUUGUAGAAAAGCCCUCUGAAAUGUUGCUGCCAUUUUUUCAGCUAUGAAGCCCUUUCUACAUGAGUUUAACAUUUGGUGAGUAUGCAGAAAUUAUCAAAACAUAACUUCGUACUUCUUACUGUUUUGAUACUGCAUUUUGCAAAGGUAGAAAUGAGAUGUUUACCCAAGCAGCUGCUUCCACAGAAGUACCUAUGAGGAAUAAAAGCUUACAUAUAUAGUAGUCACAUAUUGAGCAGCCAACACAGCAGCUCCUCUACCCUUCUUUUAUAUGUUUUUUCUUACACCUGCUAUAUAGUAAAUCUGCACAGAACUCAAAAUGUGAGACUGAUGGUAGUAGGUGUAGGCAUUAAACAUUUUUAUUAAAAAAAUGUUUAUCUCCAGUUAAAAAACACUGAAGUGCAAUUGCCUGAAACUGCUUGUUGAAGGGUGUCUGACAGUGUUAACAAUGAAGUUCAUUCUCUACGUGACACCUUACCACCUUAGAAAUGAGGAUUCUCGUAAGAAAUCUGGUCUAUAAUGUCCUCCAGAGAAACCCUGUUAAACACAUUUGGCAUCUAGUCCACUACAGCAACAUAUGGGGGUCAGUUGGUAGAAAUGAUGCAAAUAUUUUCUCCCACUCUAGGAGGGAUCUCUUACAAAAAAGAGUCGUGGAUUCCAAGCAAUGAAUUGGCCAGCUAGCUUUCUCUGCAUAGAGGACUUUUCUUCCAGGUAUUCCUUCUUCUCACAGAACAAAAGCUUAGGAUCCCAGCUGUGUAUGUGUGUUCGGCAUGGU